CUCUCCCUCACUUCAGGGGUGAAGAGGAGGAGAGCAGUUUAGCACAGACAGGCGGACAGACAGCACUUACUGACACAGACCCCUCUCUCAGGGCAGGAAAAAGAAAGAAAAAAGAACUUUCGGAAGUGCUGACUGACAAGCUACCCCUGUCUGUGUUUUAAGGUGGGAAUGAAUCAGCUUCCACUUGAAGUUGUUUGCUCCAUAACCGGUUUUGAGGAGGCGGUGAGGCGCGGCGGCGGAUGGGAACACACAGCAACAGCAGGAGCAGGAGCAGCAGCAGCGCCAAACUCACAAUGCGCCCGGAGUGAACAGAGGCAGGGAGACAAUACAGAUCCGCGGACACACUGAGGAGCUGCAGUCUCUUAUAUCUGGGCUCUCUUUCUCUUUUUCAAACCCUGUUCCAGUGUGGCAUUUCCUCGUUCCGUGGCGGCUUUUUGAUUGAUUGAUACAAAACUGACUUCGCUCCGAGGGCAAGUGGUUUGAUCUCCAAACUCAGCCAUGACGUCCCCAGCGAAAUUCCGAAAGGACAAGGAGAUAGUGGCCGAAUAUGAAACUCAAGUUAAAGGUAAAAGUUUUUUUAAAGCUUUUUACACUUUCUGCCACGAGAUAUGCUAAAGUUAUAUGCCGUGAUUUUGGUCCUUUGGUCCGUUUUCCUCGACUCGGCUAAUAACAUGGUUUUCUGUGCCCUCACUUCUCCUAUCAGGCGUAAAGGGUACGCUUUCCUCCGUAUUCUCCUCAGUCAUUCAUGGAUGUUAAUGUUCAUUGUGCGUACAUGCAGAUCAAUAGGACAUCAAUAAUUGUAAUCAUAAAUUGAACCUUGUGAUCAGCGUGGCUUCAAGCGUGUGAUCGUUCGCCUUUAACGCAGCACACAGAUGUCCAACAAAGACAGACAAAAAUACCCGAUCACAAACCAAGUUGUUACACAGAUGUUGCCUCUUUAUGCUCUCUUGAGAUAGGUUAUCUUAGAGGUAGUGUAUGUAUGAGAGUAAGUAUAUGAGUGUGUAUGUGUGUGUGUGGACUACCCACAGGGCUGGGGUUUCGACAUGGAACAAGGCAGGGCGUUUUCUCUCCCCCUCUGUCUCCUGCGUGUCUGUGCUGCUCACUGCUGGUGUGCACUGCAAAAAUGCUGCAAAUAUGUGUGUACGCCUUUCUUUCUCUAUGUGUAGCCUAUGGCUUCAACGCAGAUUGCAAUUAAGUGAUCAAUUUGUGCAGAGGCUUGUCUAUUGAUCACACCUCAUUGGGAUUUGCCUCUACUGAUGAUCAAGGACACCGAGAGCAGCAGGGGUGGGAGAGCAGAUUGUAGUGGUUAGAGUGGGGCGUUCAGAUGUUAACUGUUUGAUGGCUGAACAGUGUGUGUGUGUUGUGUGUAUGUGUGUAGACUCCUUGUAUUGAUACUGCUGGUGUCAACUCAGUGGCAGUGGUUGUUUAUCAGAUCUAUAGAUCUAGGUUGGUCAUAUGUAGUCAGAGGGGGAAGAGGGGAAGCACAGAGGUGACAGGAAGGAGGGAGAGGGAUGUUGCAAAGGAGAGAGGACAGGAUAUUGCCUUCUUCAUGAGCAGCAUGUUUCCACUGCCGCUGCAGAGCUUGAUCAUCAGAUAAAACAGGCUGCCUUAUCAUACCACCUCUCAUGUCCAUGUAAAAACAGCCAUCCUCUCAUGUCUCCAAAAUGACUGCCCUCUGAGUCUUGGCCCUACAAGGCUUCUGUAGAUCUGUGGCAACCUGCAGCUCAGCAGGGAUGUGCAGAGUGCAACCCUAGAUUGAAACUAUGUUGGCAAACUGAAAUUUCUUUUCUCAAAUACAUAAGUACGGGAAAUCAAUUAAAAGAAAAAACAGCGUAGUGUUAAAAUAUGGUGCCAAGUGUUCAUUGCACCACAUCAUCAUAGCUCCAGCUAGCUGUCACCUAGCCCAGAUGGUAGAGAAGAGACAGGAGACUGACAAAAGGAACAGUAUUGAAUUGACACAGAAAAGUAAAAGCUUCUACGCAGAUUGGUUUGCAACAUUAUAUCAUUAUUGAACAAUAUUAAUGCAAAUCACGGGUUUUCUGUACAGCAUGUAGGCUUUUUCCUCCUCAUCCCAGUAUUCCCUUCAAUUGGCCACUUGUGUGUACAUGUUUACCACCUCUUCUCUGUCACUUCCUCUUGUUUACCUGCCUCUCUGCGUACUCCUUCAGCUGUCACCACAGUGACAUUAUCAGCGUUGUUGUUUCACAGCCCCGGUAGACGAGCUGUUUCUGCUUGGCAGCCCGUGUCAAGGUUUGGUGUCUGUGCUGCAUUAUGAGGACUGUCUGCUGUGUUUGUCAGCUCGUGGACUUAGUGUUUGUUCAUCGACCCUCUGCAUCGAUUCCUUCUGUCAGUUACCUCACUGCUCCCUGGUGAACAGCUGUGUGCGGAGCUUCUUUCCCUACUCAGUCCACAUGUUUUCCACAUACCAUUCAUGCUCUUCCCAAACUGAAAUUACCAGAUGAAAGGAAAAACCUGUGCGUCCACAUAGCUUUAUGAGGUGUAUACGAGUGCGUCUUUCCAUGUGUGUGUGGUGGAGGCGUCUACCAGGUGUCUGCAGUGACAUUCCCAGCAGUCUAUCCUCCCAGAGAGACACAAACAGUCUGUCAUUACCUUGUGCACUGCAGUUAGAGAUUCUCUAAUGGAGGGUAUCAAGCAGUAACACAUGAUCAUCUUCAGGUUAUGUCACUGAGGCCCUGCGUUUGCAAACAGGGGUCCGUCUUAUUUCCCCAAACCUUUAAGAAAUGUACAAUUGACAUACAUUCAGCUGCAGAAUCAAACCAGUGUCUCUGCUUUAGUUUAAAAAGGCAACAGGAGGUCUACUUCCAUGCUGCGGCCACACUGCAGCAUCAUAGUGGAAAUAAAUGUAAAUCCCUCCAUGGCUUAAAUUCAGAAAGCUGUGCUGCAGCAGAGAAAGAUGCAUGAUGCACACACAGAAUUUCACAAUUUCACAGAGACAAGGGCUUGAAAAAUUACUCCAGAAGGCGAUGAUGCUCGCUUUUGUUUUAAUUAUUUGGAAGGCAUUCCCCUGACAAUUUCUGGCCUGAGAUGGAGCACCAGAGCAGCACAAUAGCACCAAUUGUGUUGCAUUUAAAUGAAAUUUUUAGUUAUUUUGCAUUAUAUGUAACACUAUUGCGCUUUUGAGGAUUUUUGUUUUUAAGGUGGAAAAACUUUCAAAGUUAUGGUGAAGGCACUAAGUUGUCCAACCGGUAUACAUGUCAGAUAAACAUUGUUUUUUAAACGCACACACACCUACAUUCACACUUUGUCCAUGUUUUUUUUUCACAUGAGCAGAGCUGCUGAUGCUCUGAUAUGGGAUUCUGGCUGAUGCAAGCAGGAAUGUUCGUACUGCCUCAGAAAGGGUGUGUGUUUGACAGCUUGAAUGUGUGUGUAUAAAAGACAGAGGCAAAGUGAUUCAGAGGCAGAAAGAGAGAGAGAAAAAGAAAUAUAGCCAGAAGAAGUGAGACAGACACGUUUAAACCAGGAUAGGAAUGUUCUAACACAGAUGUGAAUAGUUAUAUGUAGUGCUGCUGAGACAGUUAAGGAAUGAGCUUAUCACCUACAAUUGGUAGUUCACAGAGUUCUUCGUUGGAAAGCUACUUUACUCCAAAGACUCCAAACUGCUCUGAGCUGUGUCACUAUUACAGGCUCUGUUGGAUUUAUCCAGUCAGCGCACUUCUAGCAGCUAUCACAGUCCCUCAGUCAGAGAGGAUGACAUAAUAUUUAAAUGGAAAGCUUUAAUUCAGGCAAGGGGGAAACAUUUUAGUGGAAAAUUGGGGAGUGCUGAGUUUUUAAUACGUUUGACAGAUGUUUCAUUUCCAAGAACAUUUUGGCUCAUAGAGUCAGCAUCUGUCAAGGUUUGUAACACCUGGGAGUGCUAAUGAGUGGCUAUCACUGUUGCAACUGAUAAGAUUCUUGAUAACAGUGUUGUUGGGGUCUGUUAGGAAACACAGUGAGGUGUCAGUCCUUUCAAUUUCCUGAAUUUUUACACAGAGAGGUAUGCACAUGCUUUACUAUAUCUCCAAACACAUGCAGACUGUUAUAAUUUUCCAGUCUGGUGUCUAAACGGAUCCAGCCUUGCAGAUAUGAUGUUGAUCGGUCUCCACAAGGAGAGAUGAUGAACGCCUGUGGCCAUGAACCAGAUGAUGAGUCUGCCUGCCUACGUGUUCGUUACUAAGCUGCUUGUUUAUAAGAGAGCCAGGGAAACAUAUGAUUUAGGAUAAAUGGCUGCUUUCACUCACGCACAAUAGGAAAGGUGGUGACACAGCAAGCAGGACGAUGGGUUUAAAUCUGUGUGUGUGCAAGGCUCGUUGCUUGGGCUAAAUAUUUCUCUUUGUGUGUAUGCACUGUGCUUGAUUGAUGUAUAUUUGAUAAACAAGAGGAGAGGUAUCACAUGGGAGUGCUUUGGCAUAAAUUGUGUUGUCUCAUUCACCAACAGUUGGUAAAAUAGUACAAGGAUUAAAAGAAAGAUGAGUGUUGUGCAUUCAUUUUGGCAGCUGACCUUAAAUCAGCAAAUAUCGAAUGCUAGUGGAGGGAUGUGGGACGUUUUUAAGAUAAUCUUUCAGCUGUAGCUUGUCGAGUCUUUGGUUUAUAGGUCUUCUAUCUAACAAGGCUUUCUCAAUUAGGGUUGGACUUUAUUGAUUAGGUCCAGUGGUGCUGACCACCACAAGUCCUUUAAACCAACAAUAUGUGAGGCUGUCAUCAUUUAUUAAUUGGUCUUAUUUAUUUCAAAGUUAUACCCAAAAGAUCAGAUAUUUUUUUGAUCUGAGUUGUUUUGGAAGGAAAAUAAAAUUGAACAGAUCUCAAAUUUUAGCUUCUUAAAAGGGACAUUCCAGAUUUUAUUUCUCUUUAGGGGAUUAAACUUGUUUGGGUCAUGGAAAAACACAUUUAAUGACAGUGCUGAGAUUUGAAAAACGCUCAUAAUUUUUCACUAUUAUGAUCUGUGUGGUUGUAUGAGUGUAGUGAGCGGCACUAGAAAUGCAAAUGGAGCCAAAAAUAAUCAGCCAGGAAGGAUGUUUGUGUGAGUUUAAGGUGAAGGAGUCAGACUGGAACACACAUGGUGAUUGUACAGGGGAGUGUGAAGCUUCCUGUUUGAGCCCAUGGCUUUGUGUGUGAGCACAGGAGUCGACUGCCUUUCACAUCACACACGCACAGUAUUCUGUGUGAGGAUUUUUAAGUUCGUAGUCAGCAGUUUUUGCUGCUCCAAGUCGAGAGGAACUGAAGACACGCUGUAGGUGAGAAUCCUCCAUCCCCUUUGAUGAGUCACAAUUGAACAGUGUGUUCCAUAUCUGGGUCCCACUGUCCCUCCGGUGUGUGCGCAGUCUGUACACAGAAGCAGUCGCCUUCUGCUGUGUCAGCAACAGACACGACUGGCCGAAAACACUCAUUGAUUUUCUAAUCCUCUUCUACCUAUCUGUUUCCUCAGAAUUCAAUAUCACAAUUUACCACGGUGCUGCCGCUACACCUGAGAGAAAGCACACAGUGUUAAAUUUACCAAUAUCAUCCACACAGACAAACACGCACAUCAACAGACAUUGCUUACAAGAUAGUGGGUGGGUUUUUGCGAUUUGGAUUGAGAUGCCUGCCAACCACCCGCCUACGGUCUGGAUACAGUCAAUGUCUGGGAGAUAAAAGAGGAAUUUCUGCUAUGACCAUAAGAUGCAGAUGAAGAGGUAGAGAUGUACAACAACAUAGAGCAUAUCAGAUUUCAAACAAACUGCUCAUCGCUGAGAUAAAGAAAACAACCAGAGGACUGGAGAAGGAAAAAAAAGAAAAGAAAUUUGUCAGUCUGUGAAGUAAAGUGGGUAAGGUCAGAGUUCAGCUGGGAGAUGACUGCUCUUCAUUGGUGCCAGAUGUUCCAGAUGCUCUGAUUGGGCAACAGAUGUUAAGUUGGCCCUGGUUGGCUAAUCUCAACACUUUAGAGGUUGCCGCCCCUUCUCCAGGCCUCCAGUACUGGGGGUGUGUUAGGAUUGGUUGAAAUCUCCCCUCCUUCUUCAGGUGUUGUCACUGUCAGAAAGAAGAAGUGUGUGUGUGUGUGUGUAUGUGUGCACCUACAUGUACUUGAUGGUGCGCAAUCAAUGGGCUGCCUCUUGUAGUGACCUUUCCAAGACAAGAUGAAGCUGGUGUCAUAAUAAUUUAUGCAAAAAACACACAAAUUCACAUAUACGCACACUCAUGUAGACCCACUCGCCUGCCUGGCAGACUUUGUGGAUUGCCACUGUGGGUUUAUUUGCAUUUUGUGAACUGUAACACGUCACUAACACAGUUGGUUUCAUGAUGACAAUGUCAUAACCUAGCUCUAUGGUCAUGACAAAAGGACGGGAGGAGUGUGUAUUGACAAAAGUGAAUUCAUUCAUUUACAAUUUAAAGUAAAGCAAGCGAACAAAAACUACAGGUAGGGGGUGUGUUAGUCUGUAAUAUCAGUUGUGUGUAUGUGUAUGUGGUUGUGUGAGAAUGAUGUGGUGCGAGGUGUUGAGAAGUGCACUAACAAAACUAAACAUGAUGAGCAGAGUAGUGGAGAAGCAUGUGCAUAGAUUUGGCAUAUCAGUUCAUGUGUAAUCAUGUAAUGAUGUGCACUUUGUCGAGAGUAAAAUUGUGGUUCUUCUAUUAAGUGUAACAGAAGUGCUUUGAUACAUUUUCUUCAAUCAAUUUAUUUCAUUACCAAGAUAUUAAAACAUCUCUCAAAACCAGUUUACACAAUCACGUAUAUGAAAGUUCUUCCUUUUUUACAUUCUUGCAUUUGAAGUCCAUAAGAGUUGUAACUACUAGUGCUUCUUUCUUCUAUGUAUUGAUUUUCUAUUACAUUCCAUUAAGUCUGAAAUAGUCAGCAAAUAGAUGAUAACACCUGGCAAAGUAUCUCAGAGUCGACAGAAUCACAAAGAUAUUCGACUUCUAGAUUUAAGAAAUUAAAAAGCUGCUGAUUUUUUUUACAUUUUUAAUCCGGAACUGGUAAAAUUUCAGAACAAUUUGUUCAUAAGGAUUGUCGAUUUGAAGUAGGCACAACUCUAAAGGUUACAUAGCCCAACCCUUUGUCAGAAUGUGUGUGUGUGUGAGUGUGUGUGUGUGUGUGUGUGUGUGUGUGUGUGUGUGUGUGUGUGUGUGUGUGUGUGUGUGUGUGUGUGUGUGUGUGUGUGUGUGUGUGUGUGUGUGUGUGUGUGUGUGUGUGUGUAUGUGUGACCUGAGCCAAGAGUUGAUCCAGAGGCCCUGACCCCUGUUAGGGUGCCUCAUUCAACCUUCACUUUCUUUAUCUGACAUACACUCACACAGCAACAGCAGAGCAACCGGUGAGAGUGUGUAAAAAUGUAGAAAGCAGAGCCGCGCUCUGGCCAACCCCCCCCCUCACACACUCUGGGUCUGUCAAUCCACUUCUCCCUCUCUCUCUCCCUGUUUUUCGAUCUUUUUUCUCUCCGUCAGCCUACGGCCCAUGAACAAUCCGACCUUUGUGAAAACAUACUCUUGUUUUUCCUCACUCCUUCUUUCUCCAUCUUUUACUGUCUCCUUCAAACUCUCUUGCUAUCUUGACGGCGUUUGUCAGAAGGGAUGAAAUACGACACGCUUUGGACACACGUCUUACGGCCGCUGAAACCAAUAUUCGUCACUUCUUGAUCUAAACACAUGUGACACAUUUCGGCUGCUUGUGUGAGUGAGCGUGUUCUGCACCGGACACUGAUUCACAACCAUCUGAAAGGAUGUUUGUGUGAGUGUGUGUGUGUUGGUGAGAACAUGGUUAAGAACAUAGGGAUCUAUAUAAAGCCUGAGCAGGGCAGAGACAAAGCCCACUCAUAUCCUCUGUAAAACAAUCAAUAGGAGGAUAGACGUCCAGCUGUAAAUAAAUAGGAGGGAUGAAGAAAAGAAGGGAAGCAGAGAAACCACAACAGUAGAAAGGUUGGGUAACACUCCCGAGGGAGGCCAGAGGAAACAGGUUGUGUUUGAACAGCUCUCAUACAUGGCCAGAGAGCAGAAGGAGAAAAAAGUAAGCCAGGACAGAGCAGGAGGAAAGAGGAGGGAGAGAUUUGGAAAAUGUGCAAGAGGAAGCACAAAUUAAUUGAAACCCCACUUAUAAUACACUGUGCCAUCCAUCUGCUCUAUUCAGUUUGUGUGUGAGUACAGUAUGCACUUGAGUUAUCCUUUUUCACUCCCCAUCUUCUCCGCUUCCUCUCUCCUUCCCCCUCCAUCAGCAGCUUCUCCCUGCACGUAGGCAGACUUGGUUGCUAGGGUUACUGAAUUGCCCCCAUUUUUCUGGGUUUGUGAGGAGUAGAGAGAAAAUGAGGAAGAAUAAUGUAGAUUUGUCUCCCCUGUAGGGUCUGGCUAAUCAGGUUACUAGACACACACACUUAGAUUCCAUUUCGAACCUUAAGACCUUUUUCUUUUCAGUUUUUUUCCCCUCUCUCCUCUCUCUCUCUCAUUUUCUUUCUUGAUGUGCUCUCCUGUUCUCCUUAUUUACUCUCCUCCUCUGUCUCUUUUAUUCCUUCUUUUCUUCGCCUGGGUUUUUCCAUGGUGUCACUGCUGUUUCCUCACCUCCCCCUGGCUGUGGGCUGGUUAGCUUUGUGUGAGAUGCAGAGUGAUGUAGCUCUGAUUAAAGGAGAUUUUUUAAUCGUUGCUGUUGUUUCUUGAAAAUGAUUUUGCCUGUCUCCUGAUAUUUAUAAAAGCUGGAGGAAGCAUUUUGAACUUUAGUUAACACCAAUGAAUGAGUUGCGGCAACUUCAGUGAGUGCAGAGACGGGUUAGUGGGCGGGAUGUGCCGCCAUCAAAGGGAGAAUUUCAGUGUUGUGACAAGUUCAUGUGUCUGUUGGACGAAGGCAAUCAAUGCACAAUUGCUCUCACUCACCAUUCGGGGUUCACACCUCUGCUAAUGCUGUUUUAAUGAAGCCAUUCAUCACCUUUUCUCAGCUGAAUCAUCUGCAUUUACCCACACACACACACACACUCAAUCCCUACUCUCUUUCCUCUUGUAUGAAUACGUGUGAGGACACGGUGUUCUCCCCCUCAUGUUGCCAUGUGGAUGCACUAGUUUCAGUUUAUUCCCAGCAUCAAAUCUGCUCUGGUGGAGGUUUUCUCCCUAUUCUUUUUACAUUGUCUUUGCAGCAAAUAUGCACGCUUAGAGAGGCUUUUAAAAAUGCUGAAUCCUGGUUUUACUUUAAACUGAGUUUCAGUGUGGGAAUACAGUAGUUUUUUUUUGUUCCAACAGUCAACCCAAAAAUUACGCACAUUCCUGUGUUGAUAGGAAGCAAGUCAGUUGAAAAGAAGCAUCCUCUCCUCUGCGAUCCUGAGAAAAAAAGUCAGCCCUCCUUUCCUUGCCUUAGGCCCCCUUACUCCACACUCAAACCAGAUGCACCAGUGACCACACACUUUUGUUGGCUGUUUGUUGCGCUGUGUUUGGGUGUGCGUAGUUUUACCAUGUUGACCCCAGCUGGAGGUUAUACUAGGGUCACUGUUGGUUAGUUAUGAAGCUGCAGGAAGAAGAAGUAGAGAUCAGACUUCCUGUAGUUGCCCAUGUGGGUAAACCACUGAUCAGAGGCCCCCGCUGCUGUGUGAGAGGAACGAGGAAAUGUGUGCAAAGCAAGAAAGGCUCAAUGUCACACCUGCUACCUGACUCAGUGACAUGAGUUGUCAUGAAGUGAUACAGUAUGUACUUAAUAAUGGUAAUGAGCCAGUCAAAAAAACACAAUCUGAUUUGGUGUACCUCAAGGAUCUACUCCAGGAUGCUUUACAUUGGCUAAGUAGGAAAAUAAGAAAAUUAACAUGGGUUUUGUGAUUGAGUAGAGAAAAGUGGCUCAGUUGCACCAUCUAAAAAAAACCUGAAAACGUCAGGCUUCACAGCAUGCUGACUUGAGAAAUUCCAAAAUGUAGCAGUUCUAUGUUUAGUGACUUGACCUUCAAUUUGCAAUACUUGUACAAACUACUCAUGUUUUUUUCAAACUUGGUCAGGAUGCACAUUUAUCCACAGUAUCUGCAAAAUUCAAAUGAAGGGCACUUGACUCUUGUCAGGACUGCUGGUAUAUCUUUCUUCUUGUGCUCUUUCUGUGUGUUUCGUAUUUUAUUGUAAAGUAAAUGACCUCAAGUGAACCCACAGGAACUGUAUGACUCAAUAGCAUCUUCUCUGGAAAAAGUGAGACUGGCAGCCUGACAGAAACAGAAGUGAAACUGAUUCAAAACUUUAUAAAAUUUCUUUUAAUGAUCAUUUGUUAAAUUAAAAUUUAUUCUGGGUAUGUGUAAGGAAAACAUAUGUUGAUAUGCUGUGGUGACAGGAAGUGACGAGAGUUUCAUAAGUAAAAAUAUCCCCAGAGGACGUGCCUUAUUUACCUUAUAAAGCUCUUCUCGGUACAGGUUUGAGGGUGUGUUUGUAUGACUAAGUUAGGCUGCUUGCCCUUGUGUGUGUGUGUGUGAAUUUAAAUAUUGGGUGUUUGUUGGAUUGGCAUGUUAGUGCUGGGACUGAGCUGGGUAUGGAGGAGCUGAUCUGAAAGUUUUGUUUACCUCCAGCCGACGGCAGCAGCACAUACCUAAAGACUGAUAUUUAUCUCAGAGUCUCUCCCAGGCGCCUGUUAGCUGGCUUUUUCUCUCGCUCUGCCUUUUCAGUGAGCAUGGCCAGGAGGCGAUGGUGUCUGUGUAUGUGUGUGUGUGACAAGAACAUGCUGAUAUGUGCUCCUCACUCAUGCAUGUUUAAGCAUGUCUUCAGGCUGUGGAAUAUGAACUGUCAGCCCCUGAACCUGUCAAACACAACUUACAGGAGUGAAGAUCUUUGUUGUUCAAGAUUUAAACACUGAUUUACCAUUUAACUGAGUCUAAGUGCAACAGAAAGUCAGAUAGUACAGGAGUAUUCAAAUAGAUCAAGUUCAAACACUAACUUUUUGGAUGUUGUACAAGGCAUGUGUGUACAGAUUGAAACAAGCCUCUUGUUGUCAGCAGAGGACUGAUAAUUAUAAACCAUUAUGAAAUUGUAAAUUAUAACCGUGUGAGCUACUAUGACUAUUGGUACAGUUCCAGAUUGGUAUAAUUUGUUAGAGGCCAACAGAACAGGAUCAGGCGUAUAUAUUUUGUGGCAUACCUUUGAGAGCGAUGUUGUUGCCAAAAUGGUUUAAGUGUUUUUUUGUAAGCCAGAUAAGUAAUGGCAAAUUUAAUAGGAAAUCUAAUGUGCUGGGAUCUGGAAACAUUCAGUCAUCACUGACAUAAAAUCUAUUUCAUGUGUGCCAACUCAUUUCUUGAAUAACUGGACCAAAAACUUUACAGUGAGAUGUGAACAUGAGGUUUAAAACAGGGAAUAGACUGUAGCAAUGAUUGUAGUUAACUUCAGGAGUAUAUAUCGAAAAGAUUCACCAACAUUAACAUUAAAAUAUGAGCUACAGUAACGAGGCUGUCAUGCUUUAAUUUUGUUGUCAAAGUAGCAUUGUACAUUUUGAUGCAGCAAGGUCCACAAAGUACUAGAGUAUUUCACCAUUGAGGCCAGUUGAAAGGCCACUCUUUCUCUCUUUCUCUCUCUCUCUGUGCUUUGAGUCCAUAGUAGAGUAUAGACCAUGUGCUGCUCUGCUUUGUGGGAUACCCCUCUCAGAUUACUGCCUCCACCUUCCCCCUUGUCCCUACCCCCUUCCACAUUCCGACUCAGUCCAUGUGCUUCAAACAGAGUGGAAAUGGGAACAUCCCUCUCCUUAUACAUGCGCACACACAUAUGCAUUCCUGUUGUGCAGUGGCCCAUGCAGGACAGGGGUUGUUGUGGAGCUGAUGGGUGCUUUCUCUGUAGAUUAUACACAGUGUGCUACACUCUGUCGAGUCACUUUGUUUGGAAGCAGACCCCUGCCCAGGCAUGUGCUAAGCUGAAAGUUGAGAAAGAUCUCGUGGAUCCUCUUGGAACAGUCUUCUUCUGAAAAAAAGGUGGUGAGUUCUGGAUAUCCGAGUGAUGGAGAAGUUGACAAAGAAAAGAGGUGAAAGAGAGGAAUGCCUUUGAGCACAACAAACCUUCCCAUCAAUCAUUCCAUCAUAUAUGCACCAUAGCAGCCCAACACAAGCAUUUCUGGGGCCUCCAUCACUCCUUCUAACACGUCUUUUUUUUCACAAGUCUCUCCUCUCACCCCCGUCCUCUGUGCAGUCCGUCUCUGUCCGAGGGCAACAUUGCGUGUUGAAGGUUGCUGUCCAUGACACAUACACAUAUACACAAGCAUUCUCUGUGUGGAAAGGUUGCAGUGGGAGGCAGAAGGCUAAGUGGCAGAGUGUGAGUGGGGCUCUUGUCAUGUGCUGAUGGUAUUCCCACUUUGGAAUGUGGAGGAGAGAAUUUCCCAGUCUGGAGUGCUGCAUUCCCACUGUGGGAUUGAAGCAUGAAUGUAACAAGUGUUCGUAGGAAAUUUUGUUUUCCACAGGCUGCAAAGAACAGCAAUUAUGAAGGAAAAUGAUGCCAAUAAAGAAUAAAAAUUGUAUAAUAUCAAGACUGAAAAAAAGUAAAUCCUGUAAAUCAUGUUGGUCCUGAACCAAGAGUGACACCCUGAGUAACUUCUUAGGUUCACACAGCACUCUUCAUCAGUGAUACAGGUGACAAAAAUACUUGAUCCCAGGAACUACAAUUUUUAAAUGACUGAAAAUCUUACUUUUAAAGAAUGAAACAACAAGGGGCAAACAUUAAGUUGAUUUAAUUAUGAUCAUUAAUAUUUUUAUUAUUGAAGGUCUGAAUACCGGUCUUGUAUUGUGUCUAAUUUGUAGUGCAGCCGCUCAGUACUAAGAGGCUGUAGUCCUAGGAAACAAUGCCCUACAGCCACGAUGUAAACCAGCACAGAUGACAUGAUUGUAUCUUGUGGCACAGUUUGGCAUUAUUUAGAAUUAAAUUGCUGGUUGGAAUCAGAUGGCUGACUUUGACUUCACUGUCUGGUUAAACUGGCGUGUAACCACUCAAUCGGAGCAAUGCAGUACUCCCAGCAUGUGGGCUCAAAGUUAGCCACUCUGACUGUUUAACAUUGUCCUGCAGACUCUGAUCCUCCGGUGAUCUGGAGCUAUGGAUGGGCGAUAUGGGCUAAAAAAUGUAUCACGAUAAGAUUUAUCGUUCUGACGAUAAUGAUAGAAGUACCGAUAAAAAAUAUUACACUUUCAAUCUAAAUUUUUGACUUAUUUUGUCUUGAGAACACCAGGUGGAAUAGUCAAAUAAGAUACUUAACAACAAGUUUGAGUGGUAAGUUAUGGAGAAAACUAAUGACAUCAAGUCUUAAACGUGAAAAAAUUUUGAACAUUUGUUGAAAACUCCUGUUGCACAGAGUGAACAGCAGCAGAUCCACUGUCCGAUGUCAGCUAUACCUGAUUGCACUCAUCUAAGCCCCAAUCUUGAAGAAAAUCCCUCAUGUAGGGCCUUCAGUAACGAGCUGCUCAGAAACGUCUUCUUCAUUACUGUCGGCCAUGUUUGUUAUUCUGCUUCGUGUCCGUCGCUCGUGCUUACGUCAUCGACUUGCAUUUAUCAUAUUUAUCAUGAGAUAGCAAAUAUUAAUCAUGAGAUGGCAAGUAUUUAUCAUGGAGAAUUUUUCUGACAGUAUAUCGUGACUGGUAAUUUAUCACUCAUUCCUAGUAACCACUCAAUUGUAGCAAUGCAGUGCCAGCAAAUGGCUUCAAAGUUAGCCACUCUAACUGUUUAACAUUGUCUCACAGACUCUGUGAUCCUCCGUUGAUCUGGAGCCACUGCAGAGUGAAUUAGAUGGAGUGAAUAUAUUGUUUACAGGGACGGACGGCUAGGACCACAGACUGGGAAAACUUUCCUGAAAGAAUGAGAGCAAGCUCACCAUGUCUGUUUUUGACAAGCAUGUCUGACCCAUCAGUGGUAGCUAAGAGGGGCAAGAUUUAGAUCAGUCAGUCUGGUUCUUAAAGGAGAUGGCAGAUUCUGCUUGUAUCCAUGGAAACUACUUUCUAGACGAGGAUACCAAUCCAUUGGAUGUUUGAUGCCAAAAAUGGUAGAGAAAGUAUGACAACGUGAUAAAUAUUGGAAACAAGUCAUUCUUCUCAGAUUUGACAUUUUCCUCUUGGCUGUCCUUCCAGGGCUUUUCUACAACUGCACGUCAUUAGCCUGGUUAAGAGUAUCUUAUACCAGAUUUUAUGCUUUCAAACUCUGACAGAAAGUGUUGUUACAUAAAAAGAAAACGAAGUCAAUCAGCAAAGAAGCGCAACAUGUAAAACAAAGAAAAAUGAUAAUCCAGCAACAAUUCGGCACAGGACUCGCAAAUUAAAGCUGCUUUUGUGUCCUCAUGCAGCACGUUUACACUUAAUGUCCAUUGUUUUCAGUGUCUUUGUUACCCAUAAUGCCCAGGAAGGCUUACAGUAUGUGUGAGUCAGGUCCCUGGCCGUAUCCCUCUCCAUUGUGUCCCGCUCUCACCGAGGAUGACAAUGAUGGCCACUGUCCGCCGAAUGAGACACAUCGCCGUCAUAGCUUACAUUCUGUGCCGUCCAUAUGCACACAGCACAGCUGGCCCCAGCAAAGCUUUUAUUACACUGAGGCCAUUUUAAAUUCAUGAAUUAUUGUGUUGUCUUUGGUACAAUGGGCAGAAUGUGUCUGAUUUCUACUGAGGAGGAGGAGAAAGGAUCUGUGUUUUUUUUGUGUCUGAGGGAAAACGAUCCAGAAGGAAAGAAAAGAGAGGGAGAGAAAGGAGUAUAUGCAUGAAAUCUGGGAGCUGAAGAGUCGAAACAGCAGGACUCCGCUACAUCAAACAGGUUUCCUCUGCGGAUAAGAAAGAGAGCCAGGCAGGGAGAGAGAAAAACACAGGCAGGGGAGGGAAGAGGCAGAGCAAGAAGAGAGCUCUUUGUAGUCUUUCAAACCAGGAGAAGACUACAAACUAAUGAAUGUCUUGCUUUACCUUGUGUCUGACAUGUGUGUUAUCUGUGUGUGUGUGUGACUCCACUGAAGCAAGCUUAGAACAGGUGUGGACCACAUGUCUCCUUCUGGUCUGCCAUGACCUUUGACCUCAACUCUUCCCUGCCGGGCCCAGACAGUCUCAGGGGGUGUGCUCGAGCCUCUGAGGCUUGGUGAUCACUGUACAUAAAAUUCACCCCGGCCUGACAGCUCUGUGUACGUGUACGAUGCAUGUUUAUGAUGCAGGGAUUACACCGUGUGUGAAAGUGCUCCCUCUUCUCGCCCUUCAACACUGAAGCAGCAUCAAUAAUUCAGUAACACAUUGCAGAACACAACUCUCCACACUGCAAUCCUUUCUCUCUCCUACCCUCCCUGUAGAGUUCCUUGUUUUUUUUUCGGUCUCCUGUUAGACUGAUUUUGUGCCCCCGUUUUGUUCCUUUUACCCCUGCCCCUAGUUGCUCACUUUUGCCCACUUUUUCUCUCUCCUUUCACUUGACAUGUUUUUCCUUGUUAAGUUGAGAAGCUGUCAAAUCUCUCACUUUUUUUGUUGCAUUCAUUAGAGUCUAUUUUUCUUCUCCCCCUCUGUUUUCCUUACUCUCAGUCUCCCCUUAUAUCAGGCAUUCUUGGUCCGCCUGUAUGUCCACUCCCUUUUGCCCUCCCUCCUCUGUUCUUUUCUUUUGAAAUUUUUACUUUUGAGGGGCCGGAGAGGAGACUGUGGAGGGGAGGAAAGGGUGUGGCCGCCCACACUGCAGUACUCUAUUGUGUUUUGCUGAUUCUGACAUGUCCUUUUUACUGACACACACACACAUCACAGGCAAAAUAGGACACACAUGCUGUGUGAAGUCACUGACCCUGUGUUUGCUCUCUUCUGAUUGGAGAGGAGUUUUCGUCUGGUAUCAGGGCUGUCCGGUCCUGGGUGCAGAUAGCUUUGUUUUCCAUCAUGUGUCCAAGGCCUCCUAGACGCCAGGCUCCCCUGGUGUCAAAGGGCAAGGAAGCUACAAAGAAUGACUUAACCAAAACGAGUAUCAUGGAGAUGAUAGGAGUGAAGCUGCUCAGAUAUUAGCUCCAGCACCUGACGUUAGGGGUGUCAUGAUGCGACUUUUUUACGUCUGAUAUGAUACCAAUAUUGUAUGACACUAACUUUUUUCACAAAGGGCACAUGUGCUACUAAGUCGAAAAGUAAGGAGCACACAAAGAACUUUAGGGGCACAAUGAAAAUUGAUGAUAUAAUGUUUGUUUUAUUGGUCAACAUAAGUACUAUUAUUUGAAAUCAAUUUUAGGUCUUUUGGUCACAUGAUAUGGAAGCUAUUGAAGGAAAACAGCCUUUUCUGAGAACAUCAACCGGUAAUUAAUUGAUGGUCCCUUAUUCAACACGUGACGUUGACAGCAAGGAUGCAGAGAGAGUGGAGAGUGAGAAGACAGCGGUAGAUCCGCAGUGAACGUCCGUCGAAUAUCCAACCUAAAACUAACUUCAUAGCGGUAUUUACAAGAAAAAACUUUUUUUGCCACGGCUAUUUUUUUCAUGCCCACAUGUGCCCCUUAAUACAUUUUACAAUUCGCACAUGUCUGUUUUUAGUCGCAAAUGUGAGUGAACCGGUCGCACUUUUGAGCCCUGCUAAUAUUGAUGCGAUAUUGUGCAUGACAAGUUUUGCACUCAGCUGCAAUGUCUUUUUUGGACUUUAACGAAAAAUACUGCCACAUGGCCAUCAUCACACCUACUCCUUGCAACUUUGUUAGUACCUUAGUCCACACUGUUGUUGUGAUUACAUGGGCUCUGCAUGCCGGAUCCGAGCGCUGCUAGUUAGAGGUGCUGGUGCGGCGUCUGGAAUGGCCUGCAUGUAUCAGUGAGCUGAUAUCAGAGAUUUGAGAUGCAGGCCGAUAUAAUCUAAUAUUCAUUUUUUCCUGAUAUCGGACCAAUAUCAAUAUCGGAUCGGGACAUCCCUACCUGAAGUGGUUUGAUAUCGCUGAAAAUGUGGUACACAACACUACUCAUCAGCUCCUCUGCAUUAAGUGGUGUCCAAUUUGUAAGAGAUGAGUGUUACGCAUAUGCUUUGGCAAAUUUUGAUACGAUCAUGUAUUAUUUUAAAGCGUAUGGGUCCCAUUCAUACUGAAAAGUUUCAAAGUUGCAAAAGUUUUGACAACCUUGACUUAAUCACAUCCUUUGCUGUCCUGCUUGGGGGAGUCAAAGCUCUGGUCAGCAUCUUACUCAUGGUACAUUUAAAAAGAAACUGGAUAGUCAUUGAGGAGGACUUUUCAAAGUGACGACAGUGUUGCGGCAGUUAAGUGGAAAAAGCCGUGUGGGUGUGAGCGUGUCGUUGCAGGUACUGGAGAGAAAAUGAAAUAUGAACCAGGAAGUCCAUUUUGAAUAAUACAGCCAUGAGAUUUUAGGCUUACUGGAUGCCAAAACACUGCUCUCACUCAGCAGGUUGCUCUCCCUUUUAAGGCAGGAUUUAAGACUUGAAAUAAAUCAUGGCCACAUAUUUCUUCUCCAUCCAAGUAAAGGAGAUACAGUAAAUGGCAGAUUUGGCACAGUGGUGCAUGUUAUAAUAAUUGGAUUGCAGUGUGCUGCUGAGUUCUAUUUGUUUUUACUUUGGACCAGGCAGCUAAAAGUAUGGCUGACAGUCUGUCCUUAGUGGGCUGUGGCCAUCAUUAGGGCUGUGAAGAUGCUUGUUGGGACCCAUGAGAUGAUGAUACUUGAGCCACGGUGACAAUCAUGUGGCUAAGCGGGCAGUUAUGUGUGACAAAGCAAAACAAUAGAGUGUAUGUGUGUUUGGGCUGCAAAAACACUGUGUCCAUUGUAUGAGUGUGUCCCCAAGCUGACCUCAGGUGAGUGUUUCUCACAGCUGAAGUUUAAAUGUAUUUAAAGUGUCCCCUCAGUCAGACUGAGGAUUCUGGGAAGGUUGCUUUAAUCGACUCCCCCUUCUGACUGCUUUACUGUUGUCUUUUUUUUUUCACCUUUCAUACUAAAAACAAAAGCGCUCAAAGCUUGUUUGUGUUUUCCGCACUGCAGAAUUGCAGGUUUUAAUGCCAAGCUAUAGAAAGACCCAGAGUUUAAAUUUAGCAGUGAGAACCGACCCUUAUUCACCCUGCGGCAGAAAGGGAGGUUAGUUUGGGCUGCUAUAACUCAACCACUAAAUGAGAAUCACACACCCACCUGCCUUACAGAAAGCUCAGCUAUGAACUGGAGUGGUAACCCACUCUUUUUUCUUAACUCUUGUCUUGCUUUGUGAGGUCUCUAUGCACAUUUCACGCCAUGAGCUUUGGUCGCUUGGUGAAGGACUAGUCUGUGUCUAAUACAAUCCCACAAAGUCUAAUAGAGUGUCAGUGUGCUGCAGUUCAUCCUGUUAGAGGAAUUAGAAAACACUGUGGUGCUCUAAUAUGACACCCUGCUGCCCUCAGACAGCUGCUGCAACAGCAUCUGUGGUCUUCAAAGGCAGGAAACGAUCUCAGCCUAUUUAACAACCUUUUCAUUGAUACUUUAUUUACCGAGGUGUAUAAGAAUUUUCCUAAAGUUGAAAAUCAUUCAGAGUUUGUGGAAGCAUCAUGCCGUGCAGACUAGUCUAAUCUGCUUCACUUUCGUAUUAAGCUAGCUGUAAUAAUUGACCCGUCUUAUGCAUUUUCUAUAAUCUUAUUCCCCUACUUUGUCUCGAAUAUUCAUUAAAGGGUUAAAUCUCUUACCAUAGAAAGUGAGCUUUGACCUGCGAGUGUGUAAACUCAACAAUGACUAGAGUUUUCUGUUAGACCUCUUUUACACCUGGCAUCUAUGUUCAUCUCGAGUAAACCUGGUGAAAUAUUAAAUCACAUCAUCACACGUUGAAGCCAUGCCAGGAUGAUCAGUGUAUGUCCGACUUACCGUACAUCACUAUCUGUCAUAGCUACACCUUGAGGCGUCGACACUACCACAAGUAAUUAAUUUUGUCUGUGGAUUACUCUGAGCCUCUUUGAGUGGUUAAAUCUUCAAAGCUUAAGACCCCUCUCACUAUUAAGACGUAGGAUCCAGUGGUGGCAUUUCAAAAUAAAAGGGGGGAGUACGGCUGAGACUGCAGCCCACCUUUUAAACAAGCCGCAAACCAAAGCGGUGGAACAAGUGUAUACAUUACAGCCCAGAAAAGCCUCUUUGGUGGGCUGCUUUUUGUGGUAAUGCAACGUACUUGAUGCUCUCCAGUUAUCUCAUUAUGCUUUCACUUCUGUGGAAUAGACUAUAUCAGCUCAAACCUGUCUAAGCAUAACUUUUCAUCUGAAAGUGAUAUUUCCCAGUCUUUUGGGUAGACUGUGGUCCCUUGCUAUUUUUAAAGACUUUUCCCAUCAUCAUCAUCAUCUUCUUCUAUCAUUAGAUCUGGCCCUCAUCUUCGGCAUGACUCUCCAGGGACAGUCCUUUUGGAAAAUACACCGCAUGGAUAAAGAGAGUCGCUGCAUGAGAAACUCUGUUCAUCUUUUCUUGCAACUCUUGUUAGUCUACCUCAAGGGAGCAGAGUUUUUAUGUGAUCAUAAAAGUAACUGCAUGUAAACCAGCGAAAGACCAAACAAAGCAGCAGAAAAACAGAAUGAACGGAGAAAAAAGAGCCCCCUUUUUUUCUCCGACGAGUCCCUUGUGCCAUUCUCGAGUUGCUCGACUCGAUUCUACUGCGGAGGUUUGUUGUGCUGAGGUGUGGAGUCGUCAUCCUCCCAGAGAGUUUCUACAUGCUGCUUGGCCCACUUUCCCUCUCUUCCUACCCCCCAAAUGUCUCUGCAGCACUCGGUUGAAUGCCUGGGUGGGUAUGUCUUUGAGCUGGUGGGAAUGUAAAGGGUGAAAGAAUUUAACUAGCCGGCUGAAUGUGAUCUUCACGAUGAAAUUAAGUGGAUAAGUAAACCGCAUAUUAGCCAUGAAAUCCAUCUCAUGCCUCACGAAUUCGAAGCCGUAGUACAUCCUGUACCGCAAUGCUUCAUUCUUAAUGGGUUGGGGUAAAGGUAGGGCGUGGCUCUGAUCUUCUCACACGCAGUUCUGCAGGGGUUUGUUGUGACAGAUUCCCGCCUUGUAGAAAUGGUGGCCAUAUUUCACAGUACAGCUUGUCACUGCUGGCAACCCGGACUCUCUGAGCUGUGCCUCUGCAGUACUCAUUACACUGUAAGGCCACUUUCUAGUACACACACAUAUAUGCCCACAUCCACAAACAGGGAUGAAUUAGACCUUUUAAUGGGGAACAGAUGAGACAGGGUGGUGAAAUGGAGGCAAGAAACAGAAAGAAGGCAGGAGGGGUUUUGUGAUAGCUUUUGCUGCAUGGACUAAUCCUGAGUCAGCUUUUUUUUUCCACCUUUAGUGAUUAAGGAACGGGAGCCAAAAAGUUCACCUGACUGUACCUGAGAAGGACGAAUGCAGGGUUCCUACACAAUUAUGGAAAGUGUGGAUUUGAUCAAUUUCCAGGUCUUAAAAAGUAUGGUAAAGGAAAAAUAAAGUAUGGAAAAAUAUUUAGGUUUCCAGACUAUUACCACAUAAAAAAAAAAAAAAAUGUUUUCUAAAAUAGAAGAGUGGGUAUUUCCAAAAGUAAUUCAAAAAAAUACAGUAUGGAAAAGUAUGGGUAUUCCAGCUGUGUAGGAACCCUGCUAACAGCUUUUACCUCAGACUGACCCCUCGCUGCUCCCCUCUGUCUGACUGAUACUCUUAAAAGCUGAAAACCGCUCCUAUCCCCUAUCUAUUUAAUUGCACAGCUGCAUUCAUUUAAUUUAUUUUUUGGCUUUUACAAUGAAUACUUUUUCACAUUUUGUCAGAAAAAAAUCCCACUGAGAAUUCCCCAGAUUACUUGUAUUUUCUAGGAGGAGUAACUUUGCAAUGGUACAAAAUGAAACGAGGAGCAAAAUGAUUUAAAAAUUGAUAAAAUUUCCACCAUAUUGUUUUAGUAGUUGUAUUAUUCUUCACAAGCCACAGUGGCAGCACACAUUGAUGAAUAAAAACAUGAAGUUAGACAGUAGGACAAAGAAUUAUUGAUACAAACACCAACUUCACAUAAGAUCUCUCCUCCCUCAUCUCUUCUAUCUCGGUAGGAGGUUGUAUCUGCGCUGUGAUGUGACCUCAAGGUGGAUGCGGUGAUAAUAUCUCAUGUUAUCAACUGCUGUUCUGGGUCUCAUCUUUUGUCUGAUGGGACAUAUUUUCCACUGGCCCUCAGAUAAAGAUUGGCAGCCAUCAGCAGAUACAGCCUUUAACUCCUGGUGCCGUUGCCCGCCCUCUCCUCUUGACUCUCACUUUAUCUCCGAUCUCUACCAUUUUCUCCCCCAGCCAUUUUUCAGCAUGCCGCUGAUGUGUGUCUUGGAAUGCAGUGAUAGGAGUUUGCUGCUGCGUCAGGAGGACACCCAUCACGUUCACAUGCAGCCUUCUCCCACCGGUGAUUUUUGUGUGUGACAGAGGCUGUCAUGCACGACUACUAGCUUGACAGAGGGUGGCUAUUACACACUGUGUUAGGCUUCAAAGCGCUGAUACUUCCCUCAGGGGGGCAGUCUUUGAAUGCAUCGCACAUGCACAAAAAGCAGCUGAGGACCCUGUGAAUCACUGAGGCUGACCAGACUUCUUCUGACAGAGGAGCGGAAGGAAGAUGAAGAAAGUUGACAGGACGAUUGAUGACGGCUUAAUCCAGAAGUACAGACUCAUUUACACACCGUCACUCUUUCACAGGAAUAAUGUUGACUGUUAACCUGCUAAUUAAGACGGGAUUGAACCUUUUUGCGUGUGCUUGAAGAUUUCUCCGCACAUGAAAGACGCGCAUCGAAAUUUAAAAGUCGUCUAAUAUCCUUGAUGAUUAUUGUAAUGCUUAAUGCUCAGGGAGCGCGGCAGUUGUGUUCAAGAUUGUGGAGGUUGAUUUAAGUUGCUACACACACAAUCAGACAGGCUGCUUGCUUAGAGAGACAGACACACACUCACACACACACUCGCACUCAGCGGGCUCCUUCCCAUGCUUGUGUUGUGGAUUAGUCAAAUCCCCUGACUGGCUGCUAAGCUGAUUAAGGGGGGUGUUAUGGACUGGUCAUUUGGAAACACUGGAAAGAGUGAAUGCUUCACACACCCACACAUUAAUAAUACUUACACACGUGCACACACACACACUCACACACCGAGGGACAUUUUAGCUUAAUAUUGUCUGUCCUGCUUGUCCAGGAUGGUAAAAUAUGUCUGUGCGGUCUUGUCUGAUAUCCAUCCAUACCUCCUCAGACAGAUGGUAGAGAACAUUACACUCUCAUGGUUUGCAUCCCUACGGCGAAUGGUUUAUGUGUGUGUUCGUGUGUGUGUGUGCUGUGGGUUGGAGAGAGUGAGGGAGAUGAAGGCUGCUGGAACAGACUGAAGCCCAGAUGGCCAUGUCCGGCAGAGACAGGAAAUAGAGGUGACACCAGGUGGAUGCUACCCUUGAGGGUGAACUACCCUCACAGAAACACACUUACACAAACACACACAAAUAAAUUAGCCUCGCAGCCUGUCACACAUCAUGUAAAUUGAUGAAUUGUCAGAUAGAGUACGACCUCUAUUAGUGCUGAUGCAGCUGGGCAAUUAAUUGAUAAGCUGGAAUUAAACCAUCAAGCAUGUUGAAUUUGAUAAUUGUGAAUUGAUUUGUCAAGCUUUAAAGGAAAAAAAAAAACAAGGCCACAGUUUUCAGAUAUGAAGACUUGCUGCUUGGCUCAUUUUUCCUUCCAUCCAUUAUCUGUAUUACUUAUCCUUUUAGGAUACAGCAGCUGGAAACAGUCCUCGCCAACAUCAAGUGACAGGCAGAGUACACUCAGGACAGGCAGCCAGUUUGUCAUCGGAAACAGGAAAAGUUUAUCUGAAGCAAAAAAAAGAAAGAUAAAUUAAAUCCAUCUCAGUAUUAGCAGGAUAAAAGCCAGUGACAUUAUGAUGUAUUUGAGGUGGGAUAAGUCAAAUGCCUGUUGGAUAAAGACCUACAAAGUCAUCAAUUAAAAACAGUACACAGUGAACAAGCAGCCAGUUUGUAUAGCUGAAAAGCUCAAAAAUGGUCAUGUUUGACAUAUUUUCUUGAAAGACUACUUUGAGGAUGAACAGAUUAUCAAAGAAGUUUCUGAUUGUUCUUGUAAUCGUUUCAGAUUCAGGCUUCAGAUGAGGCCAUUGAUCAAAGCACAUCAUGAAUGAACACAGUCUUUGGUAGCAGCUCUGGUCUCAUUGAAGUUCCUUCAUUUAUUUUCAAUCCCGCCAUCAGUGUGAGACAAACCCCCACCCCCCAACACACACUCGCCGUCUGUGUCUCAGCGCUUUUUUAUAUACUGGGUUAGUAGAGCAGGCAGGGGCUGUAAAUGGGCAAAAGCUAGUUAACUUUUGAUAAGCAGCCUCAUUUAUUAUGUAUAGAGACUCCCAGCCCCCCCACCACGCAAACCCUCCGCAAACUCAAGAGAGGAACCAGAGCGUGCGAUGGCUGCAGGAAGGAAAAGUGUUUCAGUUGAGAUGAAAAACACACUUCUGCAAAUAUUGAUCAUUUGAGAGACUAUUUUAGGUUGAUCCAGUUUGUGUCCGAAAGUGAUCGUCCUGCUCUUGUUGGGGUUUUUCCACCAGUCGGUUGAUGUGGGAGACUGACCUCUCUCCAGUAGCUUUGCGACCUCUGACCCCUAACCUGAACUUAUGGCUCAGGGAGCUCAAGGAACCCUGACGGGAGCCUGCACGGCUCAGACCUGAGACCACAGAUGCAGCAACACACACAAACACUCUUCUCAUCUUCCAUGGGAGUCCUCCUUCUUUCCUGCCACUGCAGAUAAAGCAUCUCAGUAGCCAGUAAAGGGUUAAUGACUUCCUGAUCUUAGUAGUCUGGAGGAAUGUACCCCCACUGAGUACCAACCCCUCACUAUAACUUUCCCUCCACCUCCCUGUCACCUACUUUUCUCUCGCCUUCCCAGGGUGCCUCUGCGUCUUUCAAGUGCUAUGAGGGGUGCUGUAGAAAUGAGGAAUGAUGAUUUCUACACAGUGUAUAAGGGGAGGUGAUGAAGUAUAUCAACAGGCGUCUGCAGACAGUCAUUAAUCACCUGAGGAAAAACAGAUUUGCAGUGUGGCAUGAUGGCUGUCCAGUGUCCUCGUUUAGUUUAAUUAGGUCUAAAUGAAGUAGCUUGACAUUUUAGUAAACUCAGUUUAGUUUUGUUGUUGAGGACUAAUUCAAGAUCAAUACCACUUUUCAGGAAGUCACUUUGCUCUCUGUCCCUGCUCACACUCCUAGAAGUUUCACCGUUUCUCAUACAGAUUUAAAAGAAGGAAUUUUACACCUAAGCUAGCUCUAAACUUUAUCAUGAAAAGAUUGAUUGUGAGCGCAUUGUCUGUAGGGCUGGGCAAUUAACCGAAAAUUUACAGAUACCUUAAUUUACGACAAUAACCGACGUUGUUUCGCUCAUGUCAGUUUAUUCAAUGUCAAAAAAAUAAAUCAAUAAAAGUUGGUUUUGGAUGUGUUUAGGUAGGCUAUGGUUUCAUGGAGGUUCAAAAGUUGUAGCGGCUGAAAUAGACGAAGUUAAUGUGGGAGGGGGUGAGCAGCUUGUGGAGUAGUUAUUGUCCAUUUAUCGUUAUCGAGGUGAACUGCUCAAUAUAUCGUAAUAUUGAUUUGAGGCCAUAUUGCCCAGCCCUAAUGGUCUGUGUGUCUGUAUUUUGACAUGCACACAGAGAAACCUGGUUAUUCAUAUCCCAGUUCACAUGAUAAAUAUUUGUAUCCCAGUUCCUGUUUACUGGAUCUUAUUUUUGCAAGUGUCCGGGAUGUGUCAUUUUUCCAAAACAGUCCAGGCAUAAAAUUAAAGAAAGAUAAGACCACCGUGUUUUUUUUUUGUUUGUUUUUUUGCAGACUUGGCGCUAUUAAUGCAAACACUGCAUUGCAAACACGUUGUCAACUCUAGCAGCUUGAAGAGAAAGAGAUAGCAAAGCUUUAACAUGUCAUCAACUCUGAGGUUUAGAGACACGCUGCGGCUGCUGACAAAACUCUGUAUCUUCAUUUAGAAGUAAGGCUGUAUAUAGACACUCUGGUUGCUGUCAGUAUGUUUGUUUUGCUGAUAUGCAGCUUGCCUGAAAGUGAGCCUAGAAAGUCAGAAACCAUAAACUGAGUCAUAAACUGUACAAAGAGAAAACAGUAAGUGAAGCCAGAACACUUGGAACUCCUUCUUUUGUCUUUUCUGUCAAGAGGUCCAACUUUUGUAAUCAAUUUUUGUAUCUUUUCUGUUGUUUUUAUUGCUGCACGCAGAGUUCCUUUGUUUUUAUAGGUGUUUUGUGUGUGAGUGGGUGUAAUAUAUAUGUGUGUAGAAAAGCAGAGUGGUCACACAAUACUUCCCUGCCUGGUUAUGGAACACUUAAGUGCACGGCUCUCCUCCAUGAAUCAGGUCAGAAGUGAAAUUUACAAAGUACCAAACCUCCAAAAUCCACUCCGUUCAUGCUUCAGUUCAGCAUGAGGUGACUUUCCCAUCUUAUGCUUUCUGUCUGUCUGUCUGUCUGUCUGCGUGUCUCCCUCCUUAGUGUCUUUCCCCUCUUCCCUCUCCAGACUGCUCAGAGCAGGUCUGCAGCGGUUUGGCUCCAAUACUUUUCCAUGUCUAAAAGUCACUAAGCUCAUUAACUUGCCUCCUUAGGACGACACUGCUUUUCCUAGAGGUUUCAAAAACCGGGUGAGAGAGGAAAUGCCUCCACAAGUUUCAGUGUGAGUGUGUGUGUAUAGUGUGUCUGUGUGUGUGUUUGUUUUCACAGGAAAGUCCAGACCCAAGGAAAAGACAUUGACUGGAAUCUUUCCAUUCCGGCAAUAGUUUUCCCUCCAACACUUACUGUACUGUAAUUCUAUCUUCUCCUCUACUCCCUGCACACACUUGUGUGAGUGUGUGUGUCAGUGUGAGUGUGUGUGUGCGCUGUGAGGUAGUAUUAAGCAUGUCUGGAACUAAUAGAGUCCACCCCGCUGAAGAAUCUCAUUAGGUUACCUUCAACCUGAGGCCUCGGGAUACCCGUUCAGCGGCCUUAAAAAUCACAUCUCGUAGUUCAGCCAUCUCCUUGAACACACACACCUACAUGCACACACAAACACAUCCAGCUUUUUCUCCUUUCAACCUGCACACCUCUGGCCUAGUUUUUCUCUCUGUCAGUCUCUCUCUCUCUCCUUUUUCCUUCCUGGUUUCAGGUUCUGAGGGUCACAUCGGUGGACCUUCACAGCUGCCUGUUUUUCUUCAGGCCCAUUCAUUUGUUUGAAACCCAAACUCACACACUUAAACACAUUCACACGUACGCACACAUGUGCGCACCUUAGUCCAACCCCCCAUCCUGUCAGACUUUACUCACACAUGUGCUUCCUGUGGUUGUUUUAGUAUGACCCUCCCCUCCUGUGUGCUCCCUACUGGCAGUGAACCGCUCCGGCUGACUUCCUGUCUCUCUGUCCUCUCUUCCUGUGUGCAGGGAUGAAUGGACAUAUUAUUCACUGUGACGCAGUGCCCCCCUAUCCCACCCCCACACACACACACACACGACACCCCCUAUAAACUGCUUUCUGUUCUUUUCUUUCUGCUCCUUACUUCUUUCAUUCUUCUGGGGACAAUAGCAUGAGCUCACAGUGGUACAACUCAAAACCAUUACCCCCCCUACACACACACACACACACACACACACACACCACCCACCACCCCCUCCUCUUCUCCUUUGCUCUGCUCCGUGCUGCAGUAUCAGCCCCCGGAGCAACAAAGACCAGGCCUCACUGCAUAAACACAGCGUGCAUGCCUGCUCAAACACACACACACAGAAACACAAACACAACAGGUAAUAGUCCGCCUCGCCACGAGCUACACCUCCUGGUUGGAUUUGCAGGAUAUCUUUAAACGAGUUAAUUGUAACAGAGGCUGUGUGUGUCUGUUCACACUGUGGUCACUGAUUACCUGGCACAAGUUGUGGGCACUCUAAGCGAAGGCUGGCAAUGUGGCGUUCAUUUAGAAAUGAUCCCAUUUCAUGCAGGGUCUGAAAUGCUUAAUUUUGACUUGUGUUUCUCUAACGUUUAAUAAAAGUUUAGGCAAUAUAUAUAACGCAUUAUAAAUAUAUGUAUAAUGCGUUAUAAUCACGUUAUAGCGCUGUAUAACUAUAGUUAUUAACACUCAAUCACAAUGCUUUAUAGCAAUAAUCAUAACACACUAUAAAGCAUUUUAUCAUGACUUACUAGGUCAGGUAUUAAAAUGUGUUUUAACUGUUAACAACUCACUGACAAUGCCCACAUAGAUAAUGCAUUAUACAUAUAUUUAUGAUGUUUUAUAAUGUGCUUAGAAAUUUGUAUAACUAUCAUUAUAAACACUCAUUAAUUAUCAUAAGGCUUUAUAACAAUAAGCGCAACACGUUAAAAUACCUGACCUUGUAAGUCAUGAUAAAAUGCUUUAUAAUGUGUUAUGAUUAUUGCUAUAAAGCAUUAUUAUGAUAAUUAUGAAUGUUUAUAACUAUACUUAUACAGUGCUAUAACGUGAUUAUAACACAUUAUACAUAUAUUUAUAAUGCGUUAUAUAAAUAGGCGUCAAGUAAAGUGUUACCGAACUUUAUUUGAUAAAAAUACUCUUUGAAAUAUGAAAAAAAGACAGCAAACACAAAGCACACUAACAUUAAAUUAUUUAAACCACUUUGUUCUGAUUUAUUAGAUGAUCAUUUAAUCUCUUGAACUUAAUUCCCUCUUUAAUUAAUGUGCCCUUUCAUUAUUUUUCCUCUUUAUCAGGUGACCUUCAUGAGUACUUUAUGCCAUAGGAAUCACCGCCAUAACCUGUAAAAACUUAACCAGUCAUCUCUGCUCUUUUUGUCUCUCUGUUCGCCCCCUCUCUUGCUUUCCUUCUCCUGCCAGUUCUAACCUUGUCUCCAACACCCAUCACAUCUACUUGUGAACAUUUGCCAUGUGUGUGUAAGUGUGUGUGUGUCAGUGUCUCCAGAGCGUGUCCAGUUAUUGAGGAGGACAGAUCUGGGGUGGGGCUUUUUAUGGGCCAGAGCUGGAUAGCUGCCUUCAAAAUAGCUCGGGGUGACAGCUUGGACUCAUGGGUGUCACAGGGCUGGCCGUGUGCGUGCGCGUGUGUGUGUGUGUGCCCAUAGCCCAGGGUGUUUCCAGGUAUAAUGAGUGCUCAUCGCAGCAGCAUGUGUGGUUCUUGUAUCUAGGCCAGCAUCCAGGGCAACCAUCACUUCUGUCAGCUUUUAGCUAGACAGACCAAAGCUGAUCAUGUUUUUGCUGCAUUUUUAUUUUCCCUUUCUAGCUUUAUUCCCUUCUGAGCAUCCAGACACACAUUUGUAUGCGCCUACACGCCCGAGUCCGACCCUGCCUUCAGCCUUUGCCUGCAGCAAAAUUAAUUGCAGGCAUUGAUCAUGGUGGUAAUGCCAUUCUAGCAUGGUUAAGCUGUCUCUAUCCAACAUCUCUCUCUCUGUUUUUGUCUUCCGUUUUCUGGGUCAGACUACGCAAACUAAUCAAUAAUGGAUGCUGAGGAGGGGCAGGUAUGGGUGAGUUGGUUUAGAACAGAAAAAGCUUGUGGACUCCACAAAUUUCUGCCAUUUUAUUCUUGCUUUUGUCCCCAUAGAGAGACUGAUGCGUGAAGGGUGAAGCUAUACAAUAUGUUGAGGCUGAAAAAUAUAGGCCUUUCAUUUGAACAUUGUGUUACAUAAACAGACUUUUAUGACAAUCAUGUGACCUAAGGUAAGUGACGCUGGCUCCAUUUCCUGUAUAUUCCAGUGUUGAGUGCAACUGCUGUAUUUUCUGCAUUUCCUGGUCAUGUGAUUGUGGACUUACCCGUCUCAUGAUAAACUGGUAUCGGCUGGUUGAAUGCACUGUCCGUUUUACUCACCUGUAGAGGAUUUUCCAGAAAGUGCUUUAACCUUUCCAACCACUAAAAUCUGAAUGUUAGUCACUGACUGUAAAAGAUAAACUGUCUGUUAACUCCAGGGAGUUUUUCCACAUCCUUUUGACCCUGUAUGUCCUUCUGAGAUCAAUUGGAUUACCAGGCCAAUUAAACUCAUAUAAAGCUCCAGCACAGUGUCUCACCUUAGCUGAUAAUUUGAAACAUUGUCAGGAAUUAUCAAUGAGCUGUGACUAAGUCAAUUUACAGAAACAUGUCGCUUCACCAAUAUUCUCUCCUCUUUGUGUGUCUGUACUUCCCCAUGUAGGUGUCAAGAGUCACCAACAGAGGACUCUGUUUAGAAAAAGUAGCAGAAGGAUUUGAUUUAAUUGCCAAAACUAGACUUAAAUAUCAAAAAAUAUCCAAACUAAAACUGACCAACUCAUCAGAACGAACCAACAGGUGGUUCCUCUGCCAAAGUAGAGUUGAAACAGGAGAGAAUGAAACAUCUCAGAGAGUAUCAAAGUAGGUUUUUAUACAGGAAAAGGAGACUGAGAGUGCUAAGCGUAUGGGAAAGGCUUGGGCAGAUCAAGCCAGACAGCCCUCAGCUCUAGACAGAGUAGGAGGAGGAGGAUGAAAAAGAAACCAGAGCAUCAGAGAGUAGAAUCCCAGAGCCAGAUUACAAGACCUGCUCUCAUCCGCCUGGAAAAUGUGACUAGUCUGCACGAAGGAGGAGUGGGUUCCAGUUCACAUUCCAGUUCACAUCACACUUCAUGCUGGCUCAGUGGGGUGAUGACCGCUACAGAGGGAUGAGGCCUAAAGAAAGACCUACAUCAGUCUUUCUUAACAAUUAUAAUAGUGUCUUCAUUUCAAAUCCCUCUGGCAUUAACAGUAUAAAUAACAUACGGAGUGAGGGGCUUAAAUGUGAAACUGAGACUUCAUCAUAUGACUUUUAGCUGUCUGAGGGGCAAGCUGUAAGCUCUGAGGUGGUAAAAUGAAGCGCCCCUAGACUUGGCGUCAGGGGGUGGCUGAGCUGACUGACAGGUGGAUGUGUUCAUUAUAGCUGUUUGUCAGGCUUGUUUUUAUGGCCAUAUUGACACCUUUUUACAAGCUUCAAGAUUAGCUGUAAAUUGGUCGGGGUCAACGUUUACAAUAUGACAGCCACUGUAUUUGGGCUACAUUACUAAGACAUCACCAGUAUUUUGUACAGUUAAUGUUUGAGGCACAAUAUUCACCCAAUAGCCAUUUACUUUGCUGUUAUUUUAUCACUUCCUGAUGGAGCAGCAGAAAGUAAAAACUUAGACAAUAGGGGUGGGAGAAAAAAUCGAUUCACAUAAGUAUUGCGAUUUUGAGUUUUACAGAUUUUAAACUGAUUUUUUCUGUUCAAAACCCCACAUUUUUUUCAAAUUGAAGAAAAAAUCUUAAAAACUGACUUACAGGUAAUGUGUAUUUUUUGGGGGAAAUAUGAUCCCUGGAAUAGUCAGUAGACAAUCAUAGUCAUUUAACUGUUUCACUAGUAUUAAAAAUGUAGACUAAAAAUUGAGAAAAUCAACAAUAUCGUAGAAUCACAAUUUAAAUUGAAUCGGCAUCAAAAAAAUCCUGGAAGAAUUGAAUCGGGAGAAAAGCAUAUCACCCCAGCCCUACCAGAUAAUCAAUGUACUGGAUGACUCUUUGGCUACUGCUAGAUAAGAGCUAAUAUUAGCAUUAGCAACCAACUAGCUGAAAAUAUUUUCACCGACUGAUGAGUUACCAGGUAUGAGAGGAAAGACCCUGUGCCCUUACCAACAGUUUUGUUUCCAAUCUAGCUUUUAGGUAAGCUUUAUUGUUAGCACUGCUGACCGAGUUUACGACUGAUGUGCUAAACACACAGAAACUAACAAGAAGUGAUGUUUGCUUAGAAUUUAUGUUUGUUGCUAUCAAACCAUAAAGCAAUUCAGGACGUGGUUGAUUGCAAGCACCAGCUGCUGUCUGACAGUAGCUAGUUGAUCAAUUUGUAUAGCUUUCACUUUGCUGUAACCACAACAGUUGUCGGCUGUAAAACACAACAGAUUAACAGUGUCAUAGCAUUAUUCUUCCUACUCUGAGCUUGACAACAGAGGAAAAGGCUGUCAUGUGAUUAAAACAAAGGGUUAUUGGCCCCUUGGCUGAUUAUUGGAGCCAAUAUUUGGAAUUCAGCCGAUUAGCUGUAUCUGCUUUUUAUUUCAUAGAUGGCCAAUAAAAUCGAUAAAUUAAAAAGCGUGCUACCUCGGUUGUACUGCUGAUGUGGCUUUUCCCUCUGGGUCUGUAUGAUGGUAAAAGUUUCAGUUUUGAUUCACUUUUUGCUAAAGCUAUUCAAAGAACAUGUUAUGUUGGAGUUGUACUUCCCCAGAUUCUCAAUUUGGCCAAAAGGUUUUUUAGUUUCCUGUCCAGGCAUUUCCAAGUCUCAUUUAUCGGUCUCAUGAAGUACAAAUAAUGAUGAUCAACAUAAAUGAUCAGAAAGACAAUAAAUUAGUCGAAGAAAUUUACUCUUAUUAAACCUGAUUUCUUAUUGAGGUCAAGUGUCUCGCUCCAGACUCCAUAAUUUCGGUCACCUGCUCAAGCUCCUCAUGAAUGAAAGCACUUGUUUGUAGUGUGUGAGAAGUUACUGUGUUUUGUUUUGUGAUGAUUUAUUCACUCAUUGUUCACUCAUUCACAUGUCACAGAUUCAGGAGGCAGGGCACUGACUCAACACCCAUCAUUGACAGCAGGGAGGGAAGACGAAAUCACACACACACACACAUGUACAAACCACGAGUCAAUAACUCUUGUUGUCAAAACAAAUACUCACACCAGGUCUUUAGUGCAGACACAGUGUGUGUGUGUGUGUGUGUAUGCAUUUAUUUGUUGAGUAUAUGGGUGUUUGUGCCGUAGUGUCAUGAUGCCGCACAGCUCCCCCUCUUCUGCUCGGGCCUUUUAAUUUGUGAAGAACGACUGUGUUUGCAUGCAGCCGCCAGCGAGUGUCAAAUUGUUUAGGUCUGUGUUUAUGAGCGAGAGACAGAGAGAAGUGGGAGGCGACUGACUGAAGGGGGGCUGGUGUUACAGACCGAUUUAGAUAUCCCACUUCUCUUUGUGGUAAUGAGAAACUGCUCUCUCAGCUGUUGAACACAAAGGCAGCAUCAACAGUCGCUGUCAACUGGUCGGACAGACGGAUGGCUGACUCGCUGACUGUCUGAGAGUGUGUGAGUGUUUGACAGAGUGUGAGUGUGAGGCCAGAAUGGAGGAUAAAACCAUCCGCUUUCUCUUUGGACAACGCUGUAAAGGUAGGACAGAAACUAGACAAGUGUGUGAGUGUUUGUCAACUCUCUAAAAGGAUGCAUGUACCGCCUAGUCAGCAUUGGCAGGCAGCUAUGAGAGCAUAGCAUUAAUCUGUCAGCUGUCAGCACCGAUCCAGCUUAUCACCAUCAUGUGUGUGUGUGUUUGAGUGUAUGUGUGCGUGUCCUUUCGUGUGGAAAAUGCACGCUUGUCUUGGAUUGUGCGUCCCAAUCUUGAGUAACUGCACCGGGUUGGACUCUCCAGAGGACUUUCUUGUAGCCGGUGAUUGAAUGUGGUUUCUGAGUGUGUCUGUGCUGAGUGCUCUCUAUUAAUUUGAGGCCAGACUGGAGAGCAGCAUGAAGGGAGGGAGGGAGGGAGGGAGGGAAGGAGGGAGAGGGGGGAAGGAGGCAGGAGGAAAAUGAAAAGUGAUAAGCGGGGAUAAAUGACUGCCUCUGGAGAUGUCUUGGAUAUGUGUGGAAAAGGAGAGCCGAUAUACACAGCAUACACACUAUUGAUAAUGUUACACACACACACACACACACACACACACAUACACAUAGCAGUUUGUGCAAUACGGAUUGGUGUGAGUGCAGAUGGAUUUCAGCCAAAUCUUGAGGGUUGAUGUGUUUAAGCUCUGCCAGGUGUUUCACUUGAUUUGGACUCCAUCCACAUCAGCUGGAAAGAGGAAACUGCGGUGGACUUUCUGACACAUUGCUGUGGAACACAUUUUAAAGACUGCUCUGCACUGUCAUCAGUAAUGUAUGCAGAGUUAAUUACAUGGUGGAUAUAUAUUAUUUGUGGUAAAAGAUGCCUUUGAUUUCAGAGUGACGGCUGAAAAACAUCCUGCUUUGUCUGCGCUUUGUGACUCCCAGGUGUUAAUUACGCUUCGGAAUAACAAAGUUAACAACAAUGUUUGACCCGACUCUGUCUCUUUUCUUCCUUUGUUCCCCUGCAGAGAUCCGUGCCCAGCUGGUGGAACAGCUCAAGUGUCUGGACCAGCAAUGCGAGCUGAGGGUGCAGCUGCUGCAGGACCUGCAGGACUUCUUCAGAAAGAAGGCCGAGAUCGAAGUGGACUACAGCCGCAACCUAGAGAAGCUGGCGGAGAGGUUCCUCACUAAAACACGCAGCACCAAGGACCACCUUCUCAAGUAUGAGACACAAACAGCUGCAUACAAGAUACACAGAAAUGCAUCACACUCCGGGAAGCCUGUUGAUAUGAUGUUACAGAUGUCCUUAGUGGAGUUGAAGUGUUUAAGAUGAGGGAAAUUUUCGAUUCUCAAACUAAAAAGACAAGAGACUGUCUUUUUUUAGCCCUUUAGACAGGAUUCAGAGCUGAUUUAGUCUGACUUCCUUGUUGAGAAAAGAGAAGUAGACACAAGGAAAGAAAUGAAACAAGGAUGACCGAGAGUGAUGGUGAGCGGAUUAGUGUCGCUUACAUCAGUCUGUAUUUCCCCAUUUGAUCUAUUGAAACUUCAACUCAUCAAUAGUUUGUAAUGAUACUUGUUUCUUUCACCGAGGUGCUGAGAACAUACGUGUUUGUGUGUGUGUGUGUGUGUGUGUGUGUGUGUGUGUGUGUGUGUGUACGAAGGUGAUGGUUUUGUGCUUGACUACUUUACUGUGUCUUGCUGCGUGUAUAACCUUGCCCGAACAGGGAUUCUCUCCUUCUCUCUAAAAAAGUUUGAUCUCUCUCUCUCUCUUUCUCUCUCUCUCUCUCUCUCUCUCUCUCUCUCUCUCUCUCUCUCUUAUUGAUGCACAACAUGCACAAAAAUAACAAUCUAGAGCUCAUCAGCUUAAGCAGCAGGGUGUGUUCUUGUAUAAUUAAACCGGCGUCUUUCACUUUAAGAGAGCAGUCUGUCUCUCUGUGGGUAAAGAUUCACCGAACUGCUUGCUCAGCUAUUUAUACACAAAACAUUUUCAUCAAGUGUCCUCCAUGUAAAUGAAGCCAGAGAAUCCAUUUGAGCUGAUUAUACCACAGUGUCCUUACUCCUGUGUCUUCUUGCCAGUAAUGAGAGCUCCCCAUCCUUGAGGAGAGAGGUGUCUCGUGGAGAGGCUUUGUGAGAGAAAACACAGGUGUGACCGUGCAGAACAGAGUUGAAACAGCUGGCAGCACUUCUUAAUGGAAAUAUUUGAGUGAUUAAUAUGUUCUGCUGAUCCAAAGAGACUUGAGGGCUCUGUGAUCAUUACUGCAGGAUCAUUAAUACAUCGUUACUGUAGCUCUGUGUUUUCUCAAAGAACCAAUAGGGACAGGGGGAAGCUGCAGCAAGUGUGUCAGUGUUUGUAGAGGAGCCGUGCCUCAGCCUUCCUAUUUGUCCGGAGGUGGGAUUGAAUAAAAAUGGUCUUCAGUUAAAGACGUAUCACACACUUUCAUGCAGCUUAUGUGGUAAAGUCACAAGAUCACUAUGAAUUUGGGGUGGUGAAACUUAGAGGCUUUAAGGGAUAUUCCGGCGUAAAAUUAAUUCAGGGUCAAACACACCAUAACACUGAGUUAGACACCCCCUCAAGUGAUGAAUGUUGCCGACUGCUUGCUUCUCUAGUUAUACCAACUUUAGUAAUGACCGCUCAAUAGCAAUACACAGCGGUCUGAGGAGCCAUAAACAAACCUCAACCAAACGCCACUCUAUAGCCACAAAUAAUGCUCAGAACAGCAGCUAACCUCAUCAACAGUACACAUAGGGUCCCAGAACAAAACAUCUUUUUAGCUUUGCCUCUUUAGCAAAGAGACUAAACACAACUCACCUACUCUCUUCCAGCAGCCGCUUGUUACCUCAGGCCAGUCCAUUACGGACUGCAGCGGGGUGAGGCAGCUCAAGGAAGAACAUUAAUGAUCAUUAUUUUAUCAUUUCUUUAAAGUAAUAAUCACCAUAUUGAUGAUUUUGAACUGCAGACGCGGUAGUUCUUCUGACUUAGCAUCUCGGUCUGAUUGCAUGUCCAUGAAGAAAUGAGCGUAAAUGUGAUUCUUUUCGCUAUGCCUUGAUGGGAAUUCUUCAACUUUUUAACAAAAUAGAAGAACAUCAUCAUCUGUGUAGCUGCAACACUUCAUAUAAAAAUACAAGAUCAUUAGGGUUGCAUGAGUGUCAAACUUAACUUUCUGCUUUGCAGCCAAAACUCAGAACGCCUUUUUCUCACAAUAUUAAUAAUGUUCUAUGUUGAUUUCUGUGAUGCCUGCUUUAAGAGCACCUCUUACAGGCCAGUGCACUUUCCUCACCUGCCUGUCUUCUUUCCUACACUUCCUGUUCAUCCUCUUCGCUGUUGCUUUCCUAAUUCCUCUUCCUCUUUUGUUACGCACUGCACUCUCUUACAAAAACAAUUAUUUCUCUGUAAGAGGGUAAACCCCAAAUCUGUGCCCUUAUACACACACAUGCACACAUGCAGGGGCACAGACUAAAAGCAAUCGAUAGGUCCUCUGAAUGAAACCCAAUUCCAACCUAGAGGACAUACCCCCAGCUCACACAAACACACGUCUACAACACACACACACACACACACCCUCCAGCUUAGAUCAAUACUGAGACAGUUGCAGAUGCGUGUGUGUGUGUUGUGUUUCAUGUUGGGGGAGGGGAAGAAGAGCAAAGGAGAAGGGAGGGCAAAGGACAGAGAACUGAAUAUGUAGUUGAGCAGGUCAGUUUCUGCAGAAGCUAAAGAGCAAACGUCAUAACUGAUCAUGAUAUAAAGCUAUCAAAAUACCAUUUUCUGUCUGACAAGAGUUCAACCUUCACAUUUUUAUUCCUCUCUCCCUUUCACCCAGUCUGUCUUUUUGCCGUUCUCCUCAUCCAACAUCUGUGUAUCCAACAGUCUCUCUGCAUCUGCUGCUACUCAGCACGGGUGCCACACAGGAAUUUCAGCUAUUUUCCGGUUAUGUGUGUGUGUUUUUUUCUGUGUCUGAAUGUAGGUGUGUGUGUGUGUGUGUGUGUGUGUGAAUGUGUGUGUGGCUGCUUCUCCAUACAGCCAGGCCUUGGUAGAGCUAUGAGCAAUGUGGGGUGCGUGUGUGUGUGUGUGUGCAUGUUGAUCCCAUAGAGACCCCUGGUAUUCCCGCUAUUUGGCAGACUGCAUGCUGCAGUGGUGGUGGAGGUUACACAGUUUAACUGUAUUGUGUGUGUCUCUGUAUGUCUGUGUGUAUGCAUGAGUGUGGCCUGAGGCUGACAUGCUGAUUGGUCACAUGGAGAAACUCUCAGAAUUUUCACCCUGAUUCAAAGUGUGGCCUUAUGCCAAAUAUUGGGUCAGUGUCUCUGCUGAUUAGCCCUUUAACAACACAUUACCAUAGUAACAUGAGUUCAGUGUGUUUUCUUUUUUUUAAUCUGAUGUUAGAGAUCACACCAACAUUUGACCACAUGUGAACUGAAAAAUCUGUACCUCUCUGAUCCUUGUGUUUUAAUCGUAAAAGUUGCUGCUUUUUAGCACAGAAUCAAAACAACAAAUAACUGUCUGACAAAAAUCACGUCAUUUAAGGACAGUCUGUGUUGUAUAGUGAGGUAUGCAAUUGUGCAGCAUGAUAAAAUUGAAUUUAGGUGUAUGUUACACCCUACCCAUCAGUGGUAAUAAUGGGCAUACAUCAGCUAAAGCCACAAUCACGCCUCUAUCAGGUUUAGUUCACACAGUUCAUAAACCAUGACCAUAAACCAGUUCAUUUAAAGGUUCAUGGUCUAAAAGAAUCUGAAACUUAAUUUUCCAUCAGCUGAGCCUCCUAGACUCAAUUCAUAAUCUUCAAUCAAUUUUCCCAAACUGUUUUUUUUUUUUUUUUUUAAUUAAAUUCUACUGUUCAGAAUUACAGCUGGAUGUUAAGUUAAGAAACCAAGAAAAUUCAGAUUUGGAAAAUCCAGCUAAAGGUUCCGACUUUUAACCUGCACACAUGGCCAAAAUCUGCUCUGUUACUGAAGAUGUAGGACAGAUGGUUUUCAAAUCCUUUAAAAUAAAAGGGCUCAGGGUAAAAGAAUACUGAACAAAUAAUCUUAUGAAGUUGUACAUUUCUGAAUUCAGACAUGGUUUCAGUUUGGUGGGAUUGGUCCUGAUUUGUUUAUAAAACUAAUUAAAAGGUUGUAAAGAACUGCUUCAUCAGCACUGCUUACUACAUCUGCUUCAGCAGACAGCGCACGGUAAUUCUCUGCAUUUUUUGACACAAAAUAUUUUCUGUAAAUUGACAUUCGACAAUGAAAAAUCAGUAGGAUGAGAUUUUUUAUGAAAGAAGACACCGUAUGUAAAGGACCAUAUUAGCAAGGACUACUUUGUCCACAGGAGGCGCCAAAAUUGAUACACAGUGAGAGUUCCUCACAGGAGCUUUAAAGGUCUCCUGUUGUUUAUACUUCAACAAUCAGUUUCCUAGUGCCCAUCAACUUAUAAAGUUCUUGUCGGUGUAUCUGUUGAUGGUAAUUAAUCUUCUGUUCACUCUCAGCUUUAAACAGAUGAGUCUGCGUCAGUAUUGCAGAAAAGAACCAGCAGUGAUGCCUGACUUGGUGCUGUGCAUUUUGACCCUGAACGUAAAUAACCAUUUAGCAUUUUCCCUCUAAUGUGACUCACUUGGCACUGCCUGACCCGAGUAGAGACCCUAUUCCCAACAUGCACUGUGUGGCCUUUGAAGGGCUAGCGGCAUUUCAGUGUCUACCUUGUUAUAGCUGAAGGGUAGAGCUGAUAGUCCACUGGGUGCUUGCUGUACGAUCACCAAGGUGAUCACUGGUGAUCUGAGGGUGACAUGUCACAUGGGGGGGAAGAGGUGGCUGGCUGGAGCAAAUAGAGGAACUGUGGUGCUGCUUUUAGUCAGAGAGAAAUGUUGUGCAAUCAGUGUAAGCAGGCGAGCAGGAAAAGAGACAGACAGCGGCGAGAAGUACAAACACACGUGUGUCCAGUCCACAUGAUGAUUGGUUAACUUGAGCAAAAAAUCAUGAUGGCUUUGUUUUUUCCUUGAACUCAUUGUUGUUUUACUCAGUUAGUCAUCUGACCAUCUGACCAGUGACAGCCAGUACCAGCAUAUCGCAUCACUGUGGUUGACUCAUCUCAUCGGACCAUACUUUCCCAUACAAACACACAUAUGCUCACACACACACACAUACACACUUGAGUUAUACGCACACACCUCCCUAUCAACACCACCCCCUCUCUAUUCCCUUUGGUCAAAGACUUUCUCUGUCUGUCUGACCCUGUGUGUGCUUGGGUCACUGUUCUACUUUUCCUGACCCCAUCUGUGUGUGUGUGUGUGUGUGUGUGUGUGUGUGUGUGUGUGUGUGUGUGUGUGUGUGUGUGUGUGUGUGUGUGUGUGUGUGUGUGUUUGGUGUGUCUGUGUGUGUGAUGUAAAUGCCUCGCAGCUCUGUCUCUAUCCAGUUAAAGCUGCUCUUAACAGCACAAAGACCGUCUUUCAUCCACUUACACUCACUCAUAAUCCAUUUUACCCACUAGAUCAUCCAUGGAUCAUCCAUAACACAUAAUGUACACUCUCUCUUUCUCUCUCUCUCACACACACACACUGUCACACACAUAUCGUGCACACAUACUCCAAAGGGCUUCUGUUGUGUUGUGUUGUGUUGUGGUCUUUCAUGAGCAGGGCAUUCAGAGGGUAUUUGUGUAGUGGCUUUAUGGGCACUUGAAACAAAGACAAAGAAACAGUAUUGAGCCAUUAGACUGUUGGUGGAAUCCUUCCAGUCUUUAAAUCUUCCCCUUUUUUUCUGUCUUUUUCUCUUCUGUCUCUCCUUUUUCCUUUUAUUUCUCUUCGCGACAGCUGUGCCCACGGGGGAGUCUAACCUCCUCCUGCUGGGUUUUGUACCCUGGCUGAAUCCCCUGUUUGGGCUGGCUCUCUGACCCUGUGCCUGUGUGUGUGGAUGUCUGUGUGUAUUUGUGAAAUGAGAUGCUGUUUUUUUUGCAUGAAUCUGUCUGGGCAUUAAUUCCCUCCCUGUCCCUUAUCCCAAACCCUUGUGUCACCUUCCUGAAAAGACUGUAGUGUAGAAGUGUGUGCGUGUGUAUGUGAACAUCUAUCAGCAGGAUAAAAAGGGUGAAUUUAAAGAUGAAAGAGACUUAAUGAUAGUCAUUUACCUAGAAAAAUAACGCUUCAAGGUCCUUGAAUACAAUUUAAGAGCGUCUGUUUCUCUCUCUGUGCGUAGGAAGGAGCAGAGCAUUUUAUCUCCUGUGAACUGCUGGAACCUGCUGCUGCUUCAGGUGAAGAGGGAGAGCCGCGACCAUGCCACUCUGUCCGACCUCUACCUCAACAACAUCAUUCCCCGCUUUGCACAGAUCAGCGAGGACUCAGGACGCCUCUUCAAAAAGGUAACACAGACACUUUUUUUGUUGUUGCUCACACCUCUUUUAAAACAUAGCUUUCAUGUGUCAAAUGUCACUUUGAUGGGAUACAAAUCAACCUCAGAGUUGCAAUUGCAAUCUCAUGAGACUGGUCUCAUGAUUGGCCUCGGAAUGACUCCUCUAAAAAGUGUCAAGACAAAUUGUUUGCCUCAAGGCUUUGUUUAAAUUCAGACAACUACACAGGGCACUGUAUUUUAAAUAAGUUAGAUCAGAUAUUGGUCCGAUAUCAGCAAAAAAAACGAAUACUGGCUUAUAUCGGCCUGCAUCUAAAAUCUCCGAUAUCAGCACUCUGAUACAAGCAGUCCAUUCCAGACUCCAUUUCAGCACGUUUAUCUAGCAGUACCCUGAUCCAGCAAGCUGAGCCCACAUAAUCACAACAACAGUGUGUACUCAGGUAUUCACAAAGUAUCAAGGAGUAGGAGUGAUAUUGGCCUUGUGGCAGUAUUUUUUGUUUAAGUCCAAAAAAGACAUUGCAGCUGAGUGCGAAACUUGUCAUGCACAAUUUUGUGCUUAUAUCGUAUCAAUAUCGAUAUCAGUCAGUAUUGAAGACUACAAUAUCGGUAUUGUAACAGAAGUCAAAAAGUUGUAUCAGAACACCCCUAUUUUACAUAGAUGGUUGUUUCCGUGACACAGUGGGCUGUUAAUGUAACAUAAGGGCAAGGCACAGAGGACCGAAUCUUUGAGGAAGAGAAAGAAAAGUGACGAGCAAAAACAACAUACUCCAGUGGAAAUGACAGAAAAUGCCGUAAGCGUGGGAUCAAGUUGAAUGGAAAAUAAAAAAAGUGAAGUGGUGUGUUGUAAAACAGAGUUAGCUAAGCCACAACAGGCUGGUAAAGACUAGAAGUAAAUCAUAACUGGAGAAGUACGUAGAUCAGUGUAGUGGCAGUGUGUCUCUACUUCAGCAAAGUUUUUUUCAUGAAAACUGUAUAAACAAAUUUAUUAGCCCACCAGACGGACAAUAAAGUAAUGCAGUUAGUUUGUUAAAGCAUGAGCUUCGGUUAGUAUUACACACAAACACACACCACUUCCAUACACUCACAUAGAUACACAAACCAGAAGUUGGAGGCUAAAAUACUCUAAUAAAAAGAACUAUAUUUUGACAGCAGGUGUUAUUUACUUGAUAAGCUGCCAGCAUUUAAAGGAUACUCCAUUACUAAACUGAUAUAUCACAGCUGCCCCCAUCAUGAUACAGAGAAUUAUGGAUGUAAAUUCAACCCCUAAGCUUGGCAACUAACUUCAUCUGCUAACAUAAAACAGGCUCCUGUUGGUCCAUUAAGAUAAAGAUUGUUCUCCUCCGACAUCAUCCACAGAGUUUAAAACUAAAUCAGUAUUAUCAAGUUACUUUUUCAUUUCAGGUUCUCAGUCCCUAAACCGAAAGAAAUUUGACAAAUCAUGACUGUUCUUCCUCCUAUAAAUUGACCAGUAACUUACACAAGAAUAAGAAGUGAAAAUCGAUGACAACGCUGUACAAUUUCAGGUUAUACAACAUAUUUGAUAGUCAUGUGCUAUCAUCUAGCUUAGGUUAAUGAGAAAUUGUAACCACUUCCUAGCUAAUAUGAGUAUUAGUGGGGACAACUGUUUAUAGAUUUAUUAAUUACAAUAUGGAAUGUGUAAAAUUCUAGCCAAUAUUAGCUUCAAACUACUGAAAAUAAAGGCAUGAAACCUAGCUAAAACUUGUAUUAGCAAGAAGGCAGUUCAGGGGAUCAACAUGUAUCACCUGCAAAACUCAAACUGGAUCCUGAGUGGGAUCAUUUUAAACUGAAACUAUAACAGUUUUUACACAGGAUUCAGUCAUAUGAUGACUCAUGCUCUUGUGCUUCCCAUUUUAUGCUGUUUUAUUGUGUGAUACUUUGAAUGUAUUUAAAAGGCCUCUCUAGUGAUGGCUAUGGCAGUAUCUUUGUGUUGAGCUCUGUAGUGUGUCAUGACCUGACGUCUGUCUAUACGCAUCCAGAGAGCGUUGCAAGGAUGGGUGUUUGUCAGAUACCUUAAGUUCUUAUGACAAACAAUUCAAAUCACAGCAGAUCACAAAUUAUGGUUAGAAAUAACAUCCAUCUGCAGCUAUAGUCUAAUAAGGUCAAUCCAUGCCAUGCUUUUACCUUGAGAUGUUCAUCCUUGUCUGAAUCAGGGCAAGAUGGAGAGAAGAAGCAUUCCAUUGAGAUACAAGCAAGAAUCAGAUGUUUGUGCUUUCUCUGAUCUAUUUAAGAUUUUCCGUGAGGUUAUGCAUUGUACAAAGUUUUAAUUCUAAUGGUUAAAGGGAUAUUCCGGCAUAAAAUUAAGUUGGGGUCAAACACACUGUAACACUGUUUUAGAGAUGGAUGUUGCCGACCGCUUGCUUUUCUAGUCAUACCAACUUUAGUAACGACAGCAUGAUAGCAAUACACAAGCCACUCUAAUCAAAACACCACUCUAUAGCCACAAAUACUGCUCUGAACAGCACCUAACUUCAUCAACAGUACAUAUAGGGUCCCAGCCACAGCACUAGCCUCCAAACAUCUUUUUAGCUUUGCCUUAUUUCGUCUAACACACACGGUGUUACGGUGUGUUUGACCCUAACUUUAUUUUACGCUGGAAUAUCCCUUUAAAUCCAGAUUUAGAGAGUUUGUCGUACUGGUUGAUGAUGAGGAUAAGAACUGGGUGUGAGAAAAAAAUGCAGAAGUGUGAGAGUUCUCACAAGUGUAGUAAGUGCAAAUGCAUGCUGACAGCAAAGUGAAGUAGUCUGCGCCUGGAAUUUCAUGGCAGAGGCUGCAGAUCUAAAAGACGAUAGGGUUUUUUCUUUUAGCUACGCUUACAGUCUGAUCUCAGGCUUUGAGAAUGUACACACAAUCAACCGACGAGCCAGCACUCUUGCCCACAUUUUUUCUUCUUCUUUGUCAAGUCAUUGGCAUUGGUUUCCAUUUUUAUCACAGUGGAUGUUCUUUGGCACGACAGUGGCUACCAUCAUAAACAGGCUGCACACAUACACACAUAGAGAGCUGUAAUGUCUAAUUAAGUAGAUAAUUAGUUCAUUUACGACAUUUCCAGUCUCUGGCAUGAAUGCUCAUAGUGCCGGGGGCCACACAUGCACACAAACACACACAGCUCAUAUUUAAGACGUCAACACAUUUAUCUCUGCUGGUGUGGAAGCUCGUGCAAAAAUAUACUGUCAUGAGAGUUUUUCACCGAGACACGCAGCGCUAAUGGGUCAAACAGUCUUAAUGAGUGUACAGCCUCGACCUAGACUACACACAUCAGGACUGGUGAAGUGCACUAGUUGCCAGUUCCUGUUGCGUUCCCGUUGAGCCAGACAGGCGACCACAGGCAAGAGUAGAAGGGCAAAGGUUAAGGUCCACAGUUGAUAGGUAGGAGGGCUAAGCCAUUGCUGAUUGCUUUUUGAUUGGCUGCAGUCUUGCUGGUUGUCACCCAAUACGAGCCUCCUCGGGCACUUUAAGGAGUGAAGGCGGGACAAACUCUGUUAUCCUGUUACCUCUGUCUUGUACUGCGCAACCAUAAAUCACUUCCUCUGACGCUGCUUUUCUCCCUCUGCAGCAAUCUGCACACUCCUGACCUUCCCGCUCUCUUUAAUUCCCCCUCUUUGGGUAAUAAAUAUGAUUUCUGUUUCCUUUUUCGACUGCAGCAUGUCAAUGGUUUUCUUCCCUUUACUUUUCUUUCUAUUUUCCCACCUUGAUCACAUGACACCCUUUUUCCUUCGCAUUUCAUUUCCUUCACCUGUCUCACAGUCUUACCUUACCUUUUCACCCUCACUGUACCUCCCCCCACUCUUUGCCCUCCUCCAGCAGAAGACAGAUGCUCUACAUUUGCUACACACAUCUGCAGUAGCGCUCAUUUUACAUCCCUUAAUAUGUAUCAUCUAACUUUCUUUGCUAUUAUUUUACCCCUCUUUUGUAUCGCCGUUGGCUUCCUCUUACCUGUGCGCUUCCAAGUUAAGUCUGUUUUUUUACUGUGAAGCUGUGUCCACAUUUAGGGUUCCUUUUGAGCUCGAUGGAGCUUCUUUAAGCAUCAGUAUUAAAACCAUAGACUGUAUUAUGGACAACUUGGUUCCACCUACCGCCUGUCUACAGAUUUGAAGCCAAAAAGCUCUUGUUAUUUACGGGAUUUUUCUUCAUUUCCUGAAACCAGCGCUGCGCAGUAGUGGUGCGUGCAUUCGGGCGCGCAGUGGCUAAUAGUUGCUGUGAUGACGCUCGGCUUAAACAGCGUAUCCCCUGGGAGAGCUACGCAAUCUUCGUACGCCCAUAGGCUGUAUCAGGUGUCAAUCAUAGCAAAUAUGAACCCCCUAAUAACUUUUAAAAACGGAGCUUCACAGAAAAAAGAGGACUUGAGCACAAACCAGUCUUACAAUAACUACAUGUCAACAUCACAAGCAGGGGGGAGAAAAAAUGUAUAUUCUGUGUAAUAAAUUUCUAAAGUUUGUCCACAGCCCCAUAAGCUUUGCUGGCGGAGGCAGGAUUUAUGACCUAUACUGCAGCCUGUCACCAGAGGGUGCUGUUCUCGGAGUGGCUUCACCCAGCGAGGAGGCAGACUCUGUCCAUUCUGUAUACAGUCUAUGAUUAAAACCCAGUCUGGAUGAUUCCUAAGGUUUAAUUAUCUAACUUCGUUGUGAAUGCCUUUGUGCACAUAUAGCACGACCAACACUAAGAACACACUAAAAGAAAUCACAAAAGAAACUCUGACAGAUGAAGAGAAUUAAAAAAAAAAAAACUUACACAAGACACAAAAAAAUAUAAAGUACAUGGAAUUUCCUCAGUUUUUAAGAAAUUUUAAAAGGGGGAUAAUGGAUCAUCUUAUUUUCAUGGACAAACAAGAGUAAAGUAUAUUCAGGGUAUUAGAGGAAUUUUUCCACAUUAUUUUAUAGUGCUGUACUACUUUCUUACAGUUUAUAGCGAUGGUUCAUUCUGUAAGAAAAUGGCUUGGCACUGUUUUCUCUUUGAGUCAGUUUACGUGUUACUGAUCUAUGUGUUCCUGUGAGGUUCAUCGUUCACUACAGACUCAGCAGUUUUGUCCGUCUCUAUUUCUCGUUCUUUUUGUCCUCCCUCUGUCUCUUUUCUAUCUUUUGCAUCUUUAUCAUCCUGCCCUCUGUCAUCCCUCUGCCGUCCUCUCUCUCACUCUCUAUCUCCCUCUUUUCUUCUCCCUGCCAACACGUAAAGAUUUGUAUCUGCAGCUCCCUCCUUAAACUCCACAUCCGUCGAUUCCAUUACUGUCCUGCUCGUUUAUCUGUGCCAGCAACUCCUCCACUCCUAUUAGCCAGAAAAUCUAGUCUUGACGGAUGAACCUGUUGGCCACAUGACUGAGUGGGUUUAGCUGUCUUUACCUAACAAAGGCCACUGAAAUGGACUGGUGUUAGACUCUGCGAGUAAUGACUCUGAGCUAAUGGUUGAGAUCCUUUAUUCACAUUAAUCUUAUAUUUUCGUUUUUUUUUCUCUCUCCCUGUCUUUUCAGAGCAAAGAGGUCGGUGUACAGCUGCAAGAGGACCUGAUGAAAGUUCUUAAUGAGCUUUACACGGUAAGAGAAACCACUCACUGCAACCACAAUAUGUGGGUAUAUAAUUAUGUGUUGUGAACUAUUGCACCUUGUCGAGCUCAGCUGGUGAUCAUUGCACCUUGAGCGUCAGAAUCAGCAGCCUGGCCCUCCUUUUUAAAAAGUUGUUCCUCACUUUUUAACAGAAUUAGUCAAAACUCAAUGUGUGACUACAUUACUGAAAUUAAAAGCUCCUUUUUAAUCAUAAAACUACAUCAAUUUUGAUAUAUAUGAAGUGGACUUGAUUAACGUUAUCUAGCAACUGAAGAUGAGAGACAGAGUGUUGCAGACUAAAAUAAAAACCUAACAUGGAGAUUAGGGAGGCAAUUUGGUCACAAUCAGCAGAGGAUUAAGGAUUAUCAGUCUUAGCAGCAGCUUUUCCCAGUUUAACAGCCGUUGUUUAGCCUGUCCACUUGGUCCAAACAUAUAAAUUUACACUUUUGGGUGGAUUGCCAAAAAGCCCCAACCAUCUCCUCUUUUGCCAUGAAUAAGUUUGCAAAAGGGUACAAAAGUUUAGCUCUAUUCACAACUGCUGGUGUGAUUACCUUAGAAUUUGAAGACCCGCUCCGAUGAAAAUCAUGUUUUUUCUUGCUGUCUACAUGUUCAUAUUACAUUUUUCUGAUACUAGAGGACAUAUCAUGAGAAAAAGAAGUGAAAAAAUUGCAUUUCUGGGUAUUUCUACAUUGAAAUCGCUGUGAAUUUCUGACAGACCCAAAUGGCAGGAUCAGAUACAGUGAGAUUUCCUAUGUAACCAAUCCAAGCUCCACCCCUGGAGCCCCGCUAUACAUGAUGAAAGCUAAUUAUGAUAUUAGCUUUCAUCAUGUCCCUAAAGACAUUUGUAUCUUAGCUCCUAUGUUAUCUGUUCCUUCAACUACAGCGGCAAUGUUAGGCUGCAAGCUAACUCUAGGAGAAGUGUGCUGAGCAGCGCCGUCUCUGCCCAUGACUCAGAGGCGAAUUACUAAUGAUUUACUGGAGCGCUGCGGAAGAAAAGCCCUUGAAAAUGACACAGAGGUAAUGUGGAUUUGGCUGAAAACUUCAUAAUCACAGUUUAAAGACCACUGAGAACACUUUCAGUAGUAAAAUAAAAACUAUCAGAGUGGAACGUUAAUGUGCACAUUUAAGGCCCCAUACAUGGUGAUAACCUGUGACUCUAAGGUUUCAGUGAAUGUCGUCAGUAUUUUGAUGCCUCAUCACUUCUAUCAAUAGCCGUUCUUGCAAAAGUGAAAUCAAAAUCAUUCCUAUCAACUUCAGCUGUAUUUGUACCAAGGUGUUCAUUGGCAAAGAUAACUACAUACUCAUAAUCCUGUGCUGUAGCAAUGUCAUUGUGAGCGUGUCUGCAAGUGCUAUGAUUAUACAGGCUAUGGUCUGCAUGCAGGCUGACGUCAGAAUUUAGCUCCAAGUACUGCAGUGCUUUAGUUCGGCCUGACAGAGCUGCUGCUAAAUCUGUAGACUCUUGUUGACAAAAAUACAUCUCACUGAGCAAAUCUGGAUGUCACUUAAAAUAUUCCUGCACACUCAUGCUUAUGUAAGCCACUUUUCCAAAACAGAAAGCCUCAUUUGAUUGCUCGCAUUUCAGACAUCAUCUCCGCUGUCUGUUGUUUUGGUCUUCUCACACUGUCAGGGGCAUCAUAAUGUCUGGUUACUCAUUGCCAUAAUACUGCCAAAUAGACUGAGGCUAUCAGAGUGCAUUUCACUGUCUGUUCUCUGUUUGUGUGUCUGCAAGUGUGAGUGGGCAAAGUUUCCUCCCGCAGCACAGCUCUGACUGCAAGCAAGCUGCAUGGCCUCAGCUCAGCCGGGCCCAUAAAUGCAGGUCUUAUGCUGUAAUUAUAGCAUAUAGUAAGAGAUAGAAAUAGAUCUGGUUUGAGUGAGGCGCACAUGCUCACAUGCAUAGUCAUACACAGAGCAGUGUGUGUGUCUGCUGUGCUGUAGAGGGGUUAGGGCAGUUUAAUGAUGGCUGCGGUGAUGGCCAUUGAAAUAAGGCUGACACUGCACUCACUCAUUUGUUUCAUGUCUUUAACUCUUCAAGUCAAACUCAUGCAGCCUUGUCAAGCGCUGCAGUGUUGCACAGUGAAGAUGGGGAUUAGGGCCACAUGAAGAGAAUAAAAAAUAAUGACAGGAAUGAGAUUAAAGUCGAAAUUUGGAGAUUAAAGUCGAAAUUAUGUCAAAGUUGAAAUUUCGAGUCAUCUGGAGACAGUGCAAAAUUUAUCUGAGUGUCAUCUGCAUAACUAUGAUAGCUGAUAUUAGAAUUCUGCAGAAUUUGAUCCAAAGGCAGCAUAUAUAAGUUGAACAAAAGGGGGUCCAAGGACUGACCCCUGAGGAACUCCACAUGUCAUAGGUACUCAAGCAGAUUGAUAACUACCAAUGGUCACACAGACAUUGGUAGUUAAUAAAGUGGAAAUUUCGUAAAUUAAAUCGGAAUGUUGAGAUAAAAGUUGAAAUAACAAGAUUAAAGUUAAAAUAAAGUCGAAAUAUCAUGAAUAAAGUUGUAAUUUUCAGAUUAAUGAUAAUAAAUUAACAGCAUUGUCGCUCGUCACUCAACAACAUGUCCUCUGUAAAACAAUUUGUGAAGGUGUACUUUACAAUCAGAUUUAGUAACAAGGAAAUCCUUGCUCUUUUAGCACACAAACACAGUUUAGUCAUGAGUAAUCGGACUCUGAAAAGACUGUGCCGAAGAUUAUCAUGCAGACGCAGGGUUAUUGAUGGUUACACCUGCGUGCUAUACAUCAAGGCUAUGUUGUAUUGCAAGAUAUAAUAAGACAACUGAUCAAGUUGAUAGAUCCUGAAAGCAUGAAGCACAGACGAGCUUGGCGCCUGAGGCCAAGGCAUUACCAAAGCUGAGGACCCAAUGCGCUCUGGCACAUGGAUGUCUAUGACAAAUUUAAGCCUUACAGCAUUUCAUUUUGACUUUUUAAAAUUUGGACUUAAAUCUCGAAAUGGAAAUUUAAAAGAUUUCCCUCCAGUAAUGAUUAUUUUCUCUUCUUGUGGCCCUAAUCCUCUUUUGUACACAGUAGCAGAGGCUGUGGCUCAUUUGUUGCUGUAGUUUUUAAAUGCCAACUCUGGAGGUUCCUUUUCCUAAAAAAAAAGAAAAAAGUCAGAGCUUUGUUCCUCAUUUUUUGUCUCUCCUCAUUAUACUGGAGGAUGUAAUCCCUUCUAUGAUCCAUCCAUAGCCAAGUAAUUAAAGUAAGAGACACAAUGGGAGAGCACAAGCUUAAUUAUUUCUCUGCAUAUCUCAUCCCCUGUUCCCAGGUGAUGAAGACGUACCACAUUUACAACACUGACAGCAUCAACGCCGAGUCCAAGCUGAAAGAGGCGGAGAAGCAGGAGGAGAAGCAGAUGGGACGAUCUGACCGCCAGACGCCACGCUCUCCGGACACCUUAGCCAGUAUCAAGACGGAUGAAAAGCCCGUGCGACGCUCCAGUGUCAAAAAGAUCGAAAAGAUGAAGGAGAAGGUGAGGAGGAGAAGCAGCAGGAGGGAUGGGGAGGGGAAAGAGUGGAAGGAGGGGCUGUUUCACUUGUUGUCGCACUAACUUACAAUCUAUUUCUCUCAUGAAUGAUUUACAAGUGCACGGCUGGCUUAUUGCUAACCGUGUCUGCCACAGCAGGGCCUGUCAUACUAACAUGGUUCUGCACUUUGUAUUAUUAUCCAUAAUCAAUACUGAGGUGUUUCACUCUAACACCUAUUAUCCUUCUCUUCCAUCCUCUCUCUCUCUGUCCCUCUCCCUGUCAUAAACCUUACCCUUCUUUUUGGUUUCCUUCUCUUUCUCUCUUCUAUCAGAGACAAGCAAAGUACACAGAGAACAGGCUGAAGGCCAUCAAAGCCAGAAACGAGUACCUGCUGUCGCUGGAGGCCACCAACAGCUGUGUCUUCAAAUACUACAUCCACGACCUCUCCGACAUCAUUGAUGUGAGUUUGAACACACUCUUCUUGCAGGCCUACAUUUUUUCAGGCAUAUUGUCUGCGUAUGUAUUUGUGUGUGUCUGUGUGUGUGCCCUUGUGUCUUAGCCAGUGGUGGCCCCUCAGUCAGUCUGUUCACAUUAGUGUCACAGCUCCUAAUUAAGGCAGCAGAGUGGCCCCCUCUCUGCAUGCUUUCUCUUCUUUGUUUCUUUGCCUCCAAACUCUCUUUAUAUCAGAGCGAGGUUGUUGCUCAAGGUAUUCAACCUGAUCCAGCGCUCACACAGCAGGGGUAAUAGGGCGAAGAGGUUUAGCCUGGAAUAUCAUCAUCAUUUUGAUGCAUGAACAUUGUCUCUCUUACCUCCAGCUAUCUCAGGGAAACAGUACACAGGAUAUGGUUAUGUGAGGCAGAAGGAGAAAAAACCUGCAGAUCUCUGGGUGUAAAAAUUGCCAUAGAGGAUUGGCCUCUUUUUAAACCCUACAACAUUAUGUAUACUCAAAGGUAGAUGAAUUAGUGGAUACAUUUUCAACGUAAUCAGCAUCUGCUACAGCCCUUCCACCAAGAGGACUGCUAUCUCACUGACAUCUGAGCCAUUACUGUUUACAUGUGGAUAAAACUUGCAGUGUAGCAGUAUCCAAAAUAACCAAUAAGCUUGUCACAAUAGCGCUUAGCACAAACCCAGAAUACAGCAAACACCCAAGUCCCUUUGCAGUUACAAAACAGCUGCAUUAUCAGCAGAUCCCCAUGAAUACAUCAGUGCUACCAUUGACAAAUACUGCAUGAUAGUGAUAAAAAUGAGAUGAACUCAGAUCAUUUAUUGCAUGAAGGAAAGUAACUGUGUUGCACAGAGUAGGGAUGAAUAUAAGAGUAAAAACUGAACCUCUGUGAAACUGUUUGGACAACACAAGUGAAAGAGAGACUAAUUUUAACUGAUAAGGUCAUCAAAGGCAAUUAAAUAAAAUAGUGCUACCUCAAAUUUGCUCAUAUUUUAAAGGCAGUUGAAACUGAGCUUUGUCAUUAAAUAUAGAUAGCCAGUGUAUUCUAAUCAUACAGAGUAGGUAAUACUCUGCUCUAACAGCAUGAUACGCAUUUGUCAUUACACAAGCUUUGGAUUAAUAUUGCAUAUUAUAGGGGUGGGAAUCACUAGUGGCUCCACGAUUCGGCGUUUUCCGGAUACUUGGGCCACGAUAAGAUAUUGUUGUGAUUUUUUACAUUUUGCAGUACAGUGAGUAUUGCGAUACAAUAAAUUGCGAUUUGUAUACUUUUUUUCAACUCUUUAGCUAAUUUAGCAUUUGUCUUUACUUUAUGUUUGUCCUAUUGACCCUGUAUUUUAUUUUCAUGUAGCACAUCUUGCCAACCAUAUAUAUAUAUAUUUGUUGUACUAACUUUCUCCUGCUCUAUGAUGUCACCUCUGGCAACCUCAUUGGACAAACAGUUGAUUUAAUUUUCCAUUAUCAUAGAUUUGACUUCAUAUUAGCAAUUAAUCUGAAAAAUCCAUAUUUCGUAAAUGAGUCGAUAUAAUAUAUCACCAAUGCUGUAUCGAUUUUUCCUCCCACCCCUACCAUAUUAGCCCCCACAGUGGUAAAAAAAAAUAUCAUGCUACCAUACUAAACCAAUCCCUGACCUGAUUUUUCUCUUCUUGAAGUGUUUGCCUGUCAGUACAUGUGUAUUCACAUUUCUGUGUGUGUGUGACAGUGCUGUGAUUUGGGCUACCAUGCCAGCCUGCAACGCGCCCUGAGGACCUACCUGUCUGCAGAGCAGAAUGUAGAGACGUCCAAACACUUUGGCCUGGAGACACUGGAGGGAGCUGCAGAGAGUCUGGAGCCCAACGGGGACAAACAGAAGCUUAUGGAGACCUACAACAAUGUCUUCUGCCCCCCAGCUCGCUUUGACUUCCAGUCCCACAUGGGAGACACGGUACACUUCUUUGGCUCAAGGCGUUAUCAUGAUCUGUGUCUCAGCUUCAAUAAAAAGUCACUCUUUUGAGGCUUGUGCUUGUGUAAACUGAGGAAAACUGAAUCAGGUUGUUUUUUUUUGUGCUGCAGAUGGUUGAGUUUCACUUUUUCUGUGUUCUUAUGUGGGUGUAGAUGGGAGUGAUGUGUGCACAGCAGCCGGUGGAAGGAGAGCUGAUCCAGAGGUGUCAACAGCUGCAGUCUCGCCUCUCUACGCUCAAGAUUGAGAACGAAGAGGUCAGACAGCUUUCUGAUUCCUUUUCUCUGAUUCAUCCGUCUGGUUUAUGUCCGUUUUAACCACAGCUUUUUUUUUUUUUUUUUUUUGGUUUCCUUCUUCCGUCUCCAAACUAGGUGAAGAAAACCAUGGAGGCCACUCUGUCCACCAUUCAGGACAUGGUGACUGUAGAGGACUAUGAUGUCUCUGAUUGCUUCCACCACAGCAACAGCAUGGAGUCAGUCAAGUCCACUUUCAGUGAAUCUUAUCUCAGUAAGCCCAGCCUUGCCAAACGAAGAGCCAAUCAGCAGGAGACGGAGCAGUUUUACUUUACGGUGGGUGUCAGCUGUUGCACUGUGUCUAUUCAGGAGCAAUCCUCUGUCAAAAAUGGGAGUCUGAACUUUUCUCACUGUGUUGUCCGUGGGCUCUGUGUGUUGUAGAAGCUGAAGGAGUUUCUUGAGGGCAGGAACCUGAUCACAAAGCUGGAGGCCAAACAUGACCUUAUUGACAAGACCCUGGGAGAAAGUGAGUGGGACUGUGACAUUGUGUUAUUUAUAUGUUUUAAGCCCUUUUGUCCUCUGUGUGUGUAUAUAAGUGUAUAUUUGGAGCUCCCCAGCUGGAGGGACAUAAAUUCAGGGAAAUCCCAGUACCAGGCAGAAUAGGGGGCAGAGGAGAGACAUGUGUGGCCCAUGCAGGGAAGUGGAGUAAGUUGUGUGUGUUUACAGGGCAAGGUCACUGUGACAAUAAACAUAUGUGGAUGCAGCUGCGUGUAAAUGUGAGGAAGUGGUCAAAUGCAUCUGCUUUUCCCCCAACCUGACAGGAAACACUCUCCUGUGUUGUGUGUAUUUACCGCUCCUCUGGAAGUUUGUUUCCCUGUUUCUAUCUGUCUGAAGCUGUUUCCUCACGUGUCCUGCUGCUACUAUAACCGUCUAUCUCUCCUCUCUUCUCUCCCCUCCCCCUUUUCCUGUUUCUCCCUCCUUUAGGUCAGAAGACUGACUGUUGCCUUGCCAGGUAGGUGUGGUGAAGGAAGGAAAUAUGCUAGCACAAGCACGCAUACACACACACGUAUACCAUCGCAAAAUUAAAGCUUGAUUUCUCGGCAGCCUGGGCAAAAUUCCCUCUAUAACAGUUUAUAGAUAUUAUCAACACAUACGCAUAUGAGUCUGUGUAUACAAAUAGAUCGUUACCAGAGUUGUGGGUAUAAAUAGACUUUCUCUGGAGACAUAAUGACAGAGUACUGUUUUCUUCUCCUUCCCCUCUGAAUAGUGGACGGAGAAACUCGUCAGUGCGGAAGCAGGUAAUUAUCUGUCAGAAGUGUGUGUGUUUCUGUGUGUGCGUGUUUCUGAGUGACCGUCAGCUUGUCAGUGAAAGUGGCUGCAGCUUUGUAGUUUAAACUCGAACCACAUGUUUCCUCACGCAGUCCUGUUUUUCUCAUCCUCCGCAGAGGAAUGUAUGGGCAUCGGUAGUUGACAGCAGUUUGGUUUAUCUCACUUCGUACCCGACACACAGAUCUAAACAUUUAUAUCUACUGUUAAAUCUGUACAGUCUGUUGUUGCACUGACAUAACAUAUUAGUGAGCAAAUGCAAAGGGGAACCCCAUGUUUAGGGCUCCCCCUUGUGGUCGGUUUACAUUUCGGCCAUUAUUGCUACAUACAUGCACAGAUAAAUUUUUGUAAAUGUUAAUGUCAUAUUAAGUUGAACUGGCAUUUAGAUUAUUAGACCAAUACACAACCGUGACCUUAACAUUAUGAGGGAUACGUGUCAUCUGACUUUCAUUCCCCCGCCUUACCUCCUGGAGAUUUCCGGUAAUCCCAAACAAACAAAGGGAAAAGGAAAAAAAAGGCGCUGUCUCCUAGCAACUGCUGGGUACUGCGCCCAAUCUCUCUCUACCUCACACUCAUAAAAGUGUGCAGAUAUGUGUGCGGAAAUCCUCCCGAUAAAAAGUGUUUUGUGUUUUAUUUCCACAUUUGUUUGAUGUCCCCCCCCUCCCCCCGUAUCAGGAAUAAUAAUUUUUCUCUAUUUCAGGGCUCUGGUGAAGCCAUUCCUCUAAUGGUGGAAAGCUGCAUCCGCUUCAUCAGUCACCAUGGUGAGGGAAAUUUUCCAGUGAAGUGAUAGGUUUAAGCAUCAGCUUUUUUCUACGCACUGAUUGGUUGUGUUGUUUUAUGUUCUGUGUGUGCUUUUCGUUUAUGAAAUCAAUUUUGCCAGGACCUUUCAAUCUCCAAAACAUAAAUAAAAAUGCGCAAUCUCUGACACUUUAAAAUCCCUUAAAUGAAAAUCUUGUUUUUCUGUGUGUAGGCCUGCAGCAUGAGGGCAUCUUCAGAGUUUCAGGCUCCCAGGUGGAGGUCAACGACAUCAAGAAUGCUUUUGAGAAUGGUACGACGUGUAUUUGAAAAAAUAAAAACACUUAAAAACAAGCAGUUUUUCCACUGCUUUACUAUCUCUCUGUCCCUGUCUCUCUUCCUUUCUCUCCUCUCUGACUUCCUGUCCGAACAAAGGUGAAGACCCGCUGGCAGGGGACCAGAACGAUCACGACAUGGACUCCAUCGCUGGCGUUCUGAAGCUCUACUUUAGAGGACUGGACCAAGCCCUUUUCCCUAAGGAAGUCUUCCAUGACCUCAUAUCCUGCGUCUGUGAGUGUCUCAUCCCUGUUUUGUGUGUUAUUGUGUACUUUCGUGCCUGAAUGUGUGUGAGUAAUCUCCAUGUUGUCGUGGCUGCUUUUAUUUUCCAGCAAUGGAGAGUCUACAGGAGAGAGCAGUCCACAUCAAGAAAGGUCUGCAAUCUCUGCCGAGCAAAACUCUCAUUGUUAUGAGAUACUUGUUUGCCUUCCUCAACCAGUAAGUGGCUUCACACAGACAUAAACACCAAUAAACACACAAAAGCCCACCAUGAAUCCAGAUUAAACCAGUGGGUGUGAAAUGUAAAAAUAAAGGUGUUCUCUAAAAAAAUGAUUGUAAUCUAACUUCAAAACAAAGAAUGAAAUAAAAGUUUCAAAGUCAGCUCCCCUUAAACUGCCAAUAGCAAUAUUACUUUUAAAAAGGCGCAAGAAUCACUAUUUUUCAAUAUUUGAUUUCAUUUUACCUGAGGCCUAAGGAGUAAAGUUCAAAGGAGGCCAAAUGUUUGCUUGUUGUUGUAGUUUUAGAGACGAUAAGAACACGUUGAGUCUAUGUAAGCGUGUAGCAACACUGCUGCCCAGUAAUGAAGAAAAUAAGGCAGACAGACGCCCUCUGCUUCGAAAUAACAUAAUUCUAGGAACCAUCACCCACAGUUACUUUCAGGUUAGUCAUUACACCCUGAUACAUUCCUGCAAGUAUUUCAUCUGACACUCUACAAACCUGCACUGUUAACAUACUGAGAGUAGUUUAUGUCGUAGGAUUUAACUUCUAAUUUGCAGCUUUUUAUUCAACUGUUAAAGAAAGGAAUCUACUAUUUAUUCUGUGUAAAUAAGAACAUACAUCUUUUUAUAUACACUUUUAUUUAUUUGUUUUAAUUCCACUACCACUCUACCUCCAGAAAAUGCAAUAAUACUCACCUUACUGCUAUUUUACCCUAAGUCUUUAUUGUUUGUAUUUUUCUUAUCUUAAAUCAAACACCAUCAUACUGUGAUGUGAAAGCUGAGCAACAACAUUUUGUUGCAGAGAGGAAUCACUAAUGUGUUUUAUUCUGUGCAAUGACAAUUAAAGAAAGUUUAAGUCUUAACCUGCAGCUCACAACAUCUGAUUCGCUAUGUUUGUGCUUUUUACUGUUCUGAAAGCAUAUCAGUCCUUUUCAGGUAAAGCCUUGAUGGGUUUUAAAUUAAGGUUCCACAAAUUUGAAACUAUUAUCAGUAGUUUGUUUUCUCUCUGAGACAGUAAACAAGCCUUAGUACGGAGGUUCUUGGACAGGACCUGGCUCCCUUAACUUGACGUAAAACAGCCAAAUCACUGUGAACCAAAUACUACUUCAAAGGACUACCUCUACUACUUGAAAAUACGACUUGUGAUUUAAUUUAGGGUGAAAAUGAACUAAAUGUACAGUCGAGGUGACUUUAGCUCACAGCCCUUUUCUACAGAAGUAAGAUACCACCCAGAAACUCAGUCACUUUAAAUAUCAGCUGAAGUUUGUAAAAGUCUUUUGGAAGAGAUGAUUCCAAAAACUGCAUGUAAACAGUUGUAAAUGGAAAAGAGAAAAAACAUUUAAGGGACUUUCACUGAAAUUGCCUCAAAGCUAAGCUUAAGUGAAUCGAAUGGAUUCUUCUGAGUACUUUCAUAAACACCAGAAUGAGGUUAAGAGGCUUUCAUUUGGCCUCCUCACAUCAGAUCUAAACAUCCUCUGACCUUUUUGAGAUGUCAAGUGUGAACCCCAGUGAAGGCCAAAAGUGCAAAGAAUAUUUCUAGCUGUUUCUCCUCUUUUAACAGAGAAGAAACUGGUAAUCCAAAACCCAGAGGAAUGAUUCAUUUUUCACUUCAAGUCAAGUUUAUGUGUAAACGCUGUAAUGGAGUGUCUGUGGUUAACAAAAGUCACAAAUCAAAGCUUCUUGAAAAGGACAAACAAAUAAAGACGUCUUCCCUAGAGCUUUGCUGAUAAGGGUUUUUUAAGGAGCAUCAUCAGAGAGAGCCAAAGGGACGCAUGUGUCAGAACUUUCUAAUACUUUCCACUGGUUUUCCUCCAGUGCACACAAAGCAAUAAUCUAGAAGAAUGUAUUUUUUAAUCAGUCAAUCUAGAUAAUUGUAAUCCAUGAGAAACUCCUUGAUUCGUAGGUGAUAGCUGUUAGGAAGUGAAAAACAAGAAAUAGGAAGUGAGAGACGUGAUACUUGAGACUCCUGGGUAAACCAAGUUUUCCCAGACAGAAGGGAGCUUCUUCUUUUACUUGAGUGAUUAAUACUCUUCCCAGUGCGUCUGCUUCUUUUCACUCACUGAUAUACACACAUCAUCAGAGCAUCCAUCACCCACACUACAGUGUAGAAAUGAAGUGAUGCAUCAGUGUGGGAUUAACUUUUAGAUACCUGAAGGAAAUAAAUGACCUGUCCUGGGUGUUUGUGGGCAUAGUCAGGUUUGUAUAUAUAAUCUGUUUGAGAAAUGAAGGUGGAGAAAGACUCUGAAUUUGGACUCUGCUCCCUUCCUUCCAGUCUGUCCCAGUACAGUGAGGAGAACAUGAUGGACCCCUACAACUUGGCCAUCUGUUUUGGCCCCACUCUCAUGUCUGUCCCUGAGGGCCAUGACCAGGUCUCCUGCCAGGCUCAUGUCAACGAGCUCAUUAAGACCAUCAUCAUCCACCAUGACACCAUUUUCCCCGGACCACAGGACCUUCAGGGCCCCAUCUACACCAUCCCUGGAUCAGGAGAUGACUUCUGGUGAGUGCUUGGUUCAAUAUUCCUUGAGUUAGAGUUCAUGUGGGUUAGGAAUUCAUUAUGCUGAAGCUAGUGAUACAGCAGGGGGAGUUGAAUUUAAUUUUGUCUAACUAGAGGGGAUUUGGAGAUGAUGAGGAGGUGUACGUGUGUGUGUAUGGGAGGGAGCGUCUCGGGUUUUGAUUUAGAGGCUGCCAUGGACUGAUGAGGGGCCCAGCUUGUGUGCCCCUCUCAGGGCCAGAGGGGGCCACAAGGAUCAGCUUACCCUCUAUCACAAAAGCACCGUCUGACUGCCUCAGCCUGGGAGGACAAACUCACACAUACAAACACACACAAAACAAUGCACUCAGGGGUCACCUUUCAACUUUAACGACAAGCCUGGGCACCAGUUAUUAUGAUAGCUGCCAGUCAGUGCAGUGUUUAGACUAAUAUAGGAGUUCUACCUUUUAACAGUAAAAAAGUAUAAACAGAGAGUUUUAGGCCCAAACUGCCCCUUACACACUCGCUCUACACACUCCCCUCCUGUCCGUCCCCGUGGUCCCCAUAUUGAAGGCCGUCCCAAACCACAGAGUGCAGAGGGUGAGUGGACCGUUCAGCCCUCAAAUAGCGAGAUUGGCUAUUUGAGCGCGGCAGGAUUUGCAGAUAGUGCUUCUGUAUGGGUCCACCUUUGUCUCACUGACAGCCCCCCUCAAAAGACGUGGUUUUGAAACAUCAAAUGAAACUUGGAAAUCUUCUCUGUGCUGAAGUUUGAUUUGAUUGUGCAUACACACGUCAAACAGUAAUGGUGUUCAAAGACAUGUAGAAUCACUAACAAUCAGAAGUAUAGUUUAGCUCCUGUCACUGUGAUGGUUGCUGGAUUUAUGAUUUCACUGGGAGAAAGAAAAAACAAGGCAGCCUGUGCGGCUCAGAACUUUACAUGAUGCCCGUUUGCUUACAAAAGGAACGCUGCCAUGCACAGGACGCGUCUUUAUGUUGCUAUGGCGAUGGAUCCGUUUUCCGGUGGAGUGAGGAGGGCGUCCCAUACCCGCAUGUCUUGUUUAUACCCUUCGAUUUCAAUUGAGGUUCACUCCACAGCUGCGAGUGUAACUUCAUUACGGUGACACUCGGUAGUGAAGGGCGAGUGUGUUGGGGUCGGUUUGGGAUUGGGCCGUAGUUCUCACUCACAUGGAUGCUUUGAAAAAGAUUUUUGAGCUUCUUUGACUCUUUUUACAUAUAAAUGAAUAAACAAAUUUAAAGUUUACUGUAACUGUGAUGAGGUGCUUAUCAUGUGAACUUGUGAUUUAUUAGACAAAUAUGAGGUCAAGUAUUGAUUCAUGGUGGACUAAUGGUUUUGUAUUGUUGUCCUCUAACCUCAUCUACUCUCUCUGUGUAGUGACAGUCCACACUGUGAGCCCCCCCUGGUGGAGGAGCCUGCGCCUGACACCGUCUCUGUUCGCCACAACAGCGAAGAUGGUAGAUACCACGCAAAGUUGGACACUUGCAAUGCUUGUGCUUAAUAUAUGAGACACAUGACAGCAAGCUUGUGUUAAUUUUUAUGAGAUCUCGUCCCUCUUUCACACCAGACACUUUGUGUGGCUCUAACUGUUAAAACCAGCUAACAUCCUGCUCUCAGUAACCUGUGAAUGAUGCUGCUGCUUUUGUAACGGCUGAGUGCUGUUAACACCAGUGCAGUCACCAAACAUUGCAGCACUAACCUGCUAAGCACUAACACGGCCCCCUCUUUCUUCAUCCCCCACCCCCCACCUCUCCUGUUUCUCUUCGCUGUUGCUUCCUGUGUCUGUCCACCCUCCUCUGAAUCUCAGGCUCCUUGGCUGUUUCAGAGGCUGACCCGAUAGAAGCCAUCGCGCGCUUCGACUACUCUGGCAGGAGCCCUCGGGAGCUUUCAUUUAAGAAGGGAGCAUCUCUGCUUCUGUACCAGCGAGCCUCUGAUGACUGGUGGGAAGGACGACAUAAUGGUGUGGAUGGACUGGUGCCACACCAGUACAUUGUGGUUCAAGACAUGUAAGAUGCUUUACCAUCACUGGUCUUUAUAUACGGAUUAGAAUUACAAAAAAAAACAUGAAAUUACAGUAUUUACUUAACGUGCUUUCAUAUCAUUGUGAUAAUCUGACCCUUGAGGCAGUCACAAACUGCCGUGGUUAAAGGACACGUGAUACUUCCUUUUUUUUUAAUCUGACCAAAAGUCCACAGUGGGAGUCACUGACUGGAAAUCCUUGUUACUAAAAAAGUUGAUCUGCAAUGAUAUGUUGUUUUAGAGCUUGUGACACAUCUACUUCUUUUAAAGUUUAGUUCAUACAGUACAAAGGAACUGAAGCAAGUGCAGUUAGUCAGUUUAGGUUCUCGAGUCUAGCUAAAAACAGAAAACAGCGAUGAGUCAAGAAAACGUGACUCAUCGCUGUUUCUCAUCGUCAUCAAAAACGAAAAGUGGGAAAAAAGUCAGUUCGAUACGUGUCGUUUUUUCCCUUUAGGUUGCUGUUUUUUUUCUGUUAUAAGUAGCAGUACCUCUAAAGUUUUUGAAAGAUUAAAGUUUAUGAUAAUUUCAGUGUUUGUCAUUUAUUUAGGACAGCAGAAAGUUUGCUGCCUUACAUCAUUCUACCUCAGCAUUUUUGGUUAUGAGACAGAAGACUAUGCAGUUUUUGCUAAGAAGAUGAGUGACCUCAAAGUGAGGUUAUGAAUCAGCAGGAGCGUCAUUUCCUCUUAAGAAGGCCUGAUGUGGGAAAGAGUCCUAGCAAUGAUUGGUCCACUGUUGUUUGAAUGUUUCAGGUUGGAUGGGGGCAGAGGAAGUCCAAAACCGGAUGUAGACAGCAGGGACCUGCUGGAGGAGAGGGUUUCAACUAGAGGCAGUGCUGCCUCUCCCACUGGAGCUCAUGUGGCUGAUAUCUACCUGGCCAAUCUUAACAAGUGAGUCACAUCAGGAUCGCUUCUUUAACUCAAAACUGUGAAGUAUUUUGUCAGUCCAGAUGACAGCACAGGGGAGCAAAUGUAAAUGUGACGUACUUUUCUCAUACAGGUUGAGAAAACGUCCAGAGUCUAGCGGCAUCAGAAGAACAUUUAGGGGCUCAGAGAGCGAGAGCACCAGUCCAGGAACGAGUGGUGGAGGAGGAGGAGGAGGAGUGAGAACGGCAUCUCUUCCUGUUGGAGGGGCUCUAGUCAAAGAAAGUGGAGACAAACGGCCUGUCAGCGCUCACAGCAUCCUUAACUCAGUCACCCGUCACUCUUCCCUGAAGACCAAGGUAGUGUAAUAUCUCAUUCCCUACAUCUAAUGGUUGAAAUUGCUUUGGCAGGCAUCUAAUGAAGGGUAUUGUUAAAUUUAGGUGGAGAGUCCACAGCUACGCAAGACGACAACGGCAGGGCGCUCCAAGAGCUUCAGCAACCACAGACCACUGGAAUCUGAGGUCUUCCUCCCGGUGGAUCACAGCUCACAGGUACAACUCCACUUUGCAGAUUACGUUCCCCCGUCUAUAACUCAAGAUAUCUUCUUCACGCUGGCUAACAUCAGCUUCUUGUGCUGCAGGACACUGAGGCUUCAGUGAGCUCUGGGUUAGGAGAGAUCAGUAAGUUAGAGAGACAGAGCUCCUCCAAACACACCCCUGACGUGGUCCUGGACACACUGGAGCAGCUGAAAGGAGUGAGUGGAGGUGGAGGGGGAGGAGCAUCAGAGCCCUCUAGUCCUCUCCACUCCCGUCUGCUGAGGGACAGCGAGGGGGGUCCGACACAUGUGCACCCGCUACAACGCAGCGCUUCCUCCGCCAGCGACGUGCCUUCCUCCUUCCGCCAGUCCAAGAGCCAGCCGCGGAGCCCCCUGCCAUCUGCCACCUCCCCCUCUCUCUCCUCCUCCUCCCUCUCUUCAUCCGUACCUUCUUUCAGAGAGCUGCGACCCCCAGCAACAAGGCCAAAGCCGGUGGUGUUCCCAAAGAGCGGAGGAGGAAGUGGGAGCCCAGCCAUGGGUUCUCCAACCUCUACGGUUCCACCUACACCUCCUCCUCCACCCACAGGCCAUACACACUCUCUCCCUCACACCCCUCCUCCUCCACCUCCACCCCAGUCCAAUGACAAAUCUUGCCCUGCUUAGGAUCUCAAACUCCAGUCUGAUUCUUACUUUGAUUCUAAUAGCUGUUCUACCAGGUGCAGAAAGCACUUCAUUUGUUUCUAAUCCACUACUCAUGUGUAGCAUACACUUCUUCAUUCCCAGCUGGGUUCCUAGAGGCAUCAUAUUACCUUGAGACCAUCAACAGUAAUCUCUGCCCUCUCCUGGCAGCUCUGCUUACUACAGGUAAACUAUCAAAGGGUGGAGAUGAGUGGAAACACCCUUCAAAGACUCGUUUUUUUUGCCACCACAGAGAUUCCAGGACUCACUGGAUUUCCCCAUCCAUCACAAGGGAACAGAGCUUGAGAUGGACACUUAGACAAGAACAGCUUACACACACUCGUUUGUGAUGUUUGAAAUUGUGUUUGAGUGGGCAUGCGAGAGUGUUACUUGCCUUGACACAGAGAUCUAAGUGAGGAACAAAAAGCACUGUUUGAUUUUGUAUAGUAGACGAGACAGGUUUUGUUUUCUGCUUUUGUUUUUUUUUUUUUCAAUGACCCGUGACUAGCAGACUGGAAGAAAGGAGCGUUUGAUUCCUGGUGAUAGACUGUGAAAUGCUAAGCUCUCACUUUUUGUUUUAAAAUGAAACUCACUGACUUGCUGCUUCAGAAGAGGAAGACGAGUAGUGAUUAAGGUGGACUUGUUGGAUGAUGAGAGGAAAGAAAACUGGGCCAAAUAUCAGUGUAAGUCAUGUGAUCAAGAGCUUUAUUUUUCUUUCUUCUUCCAGUGUUUGAUAUGUUGGUGUUUUUUUUUAUAAUGCUGUUCAGUACUAGCAUCACGACAGGAGCAUAUAGCAGGAGAAGUGUUGUACACCAAACAUGGCCGACAGUAAAUUCAAAUUCAAACAUAGCAAUAAAACUGCAUAAAAUCUGGUCGUUUGAGGCAUUAAGCUGCUUCUUUCUGCAGCUCUACUAUGUAUGUAGAGGACCACUGAAACCCAGCGUUUUUAAGUCGGACUGUACACACACAUACACAAACAUUUCCUCCGAAUGUGUGUGUGUGUGGUGGUGUUUUGUGGCAGCUAAAUGCCGUUCAGGUUUUCCUUGCAUGCUGGGGCCACACACAGCAGCUAACAUGGCAAAGCUUGCUGGUUAUAUUCGUGUCUAUAUCUGCAUUACAAGCAACAAAAACAACUUAAACAACAUUACGGCUUGCUUUUUUAAUAAUAUACUUCAGACCUAACAGUGAAAAAAGGGUUUAUAGUGUGUAUGUCAUGGUGUGUAUGUAUGUUAAAUAAUCAUGAUGAUAACUGGAAGCAUGGAGCUGGGGAUCCUCCAGAGUGUGUUUAGAUAGAAGCACAACCAACCACCUCAUCCAAUGCGUUCUUAAGCAAAGUUUGCUCUUAUUAUUAUUAUUUUUUUCUUGUUGUUAAUUAAUACUCAGCUUCUUUAAUGGUUAAAUGUCCUACUGUGUAGCUGUCUGGGUGUGUGCAUGUGCGUGAGCAUGCGUGGAUAUAUAGUAUGUAUGCAUAUCAGUCCUGCCCCUUGCCACAUAUCAAAAAGGGAUGCCACCCGACAGCAGCAGUGGGGAGACGCGCAGGACAAAGAAACACUUCACCUGUGUUCAUGAGCGAGUAGAAAUGCACUGUGUAUAUGUAAUCAGAUUUUAAAAAAGCCUGCAGGGAUACAUAAAACGUCUUGUCUUCAGUCAUUGCUGUUACAACUCCAGUGGCAGACGAGCUUUAGGCAGAAGGAGGGCGAGGAAACCGGUUUCAAGGACUUACUAAGUUUUAGUCUUUUUGUUUUUACGAACCUUUGCAAAAUCAGAUCUGAUUAUCACUUUAAGACUAUGUGGAUGAUUUUGCAAACACUGACUGACAUAUGCCAUUCAGCUGGCAUAUGCUGAGUAAAGCCUUUUUUGGAUUCGAUCACCUUCUUGAAAAAAUAUUCAACUAUCCUUGUGCUGCCCUGUUCCAUGCCUCUCCCAUUCACCCAGACAUACAGCACAUACUGCAUUCUUUUAUGCUCUCCACCAGGUAAUGAAUUAUAAGUUUUUUUAAUCUUUGUAUAAUGUUUGUGUAUUUUCUGGUGUACCUGAGUUUGCUCUUACCUCAUUGUGACAACUGGAGGGAACACACACAUGCAGGGGGGUUGGUUGGUGUAUUUUGUUCUGGAUGUGCUGUCAAGGGGAGCUGGGACCCUCUAAAAUCUCAAAUCAAUCAUCAUGCACUUGAACAACUUGGCUUGGGUGUGGAUUAACUGCGUGGGGAUGAUUUGUUGGAUUUGAAUAUUUGUUAAAUAUGCAUUUUUGUGUCCAUUUGAAACAAUGGCAGAACUAAAAAAGACUGUAAUGUCAAAUCUAUUUAUAGUUGUCUCUGUAUUACUGGAGAAUCCUGUGUUCAGAUGUACUGUGUAUAUACAAUGUUGUACAUUGCAGAGGUACACUCUUUUUUUGGUACAAUAUUGUACAGUAAUAGCAAUAGUAGUUUAAUCAAAUAGGCCUUAUAUAAUUCUAUGUGUAGUUCUUGUAGUAGAUCUGUUUUUUAAUAAACAUUGCUUGCUAUAAAGGUUCUUGCGUGUGUUGACAUUUGUUGCAUUGAAUAAACAAAUCACAUUUAAUCUCAUUUGAAUUGUCCUUGGAUAACAUUUUUUUUUUUAAUAAGGACAAUUUUUAGCAAUCCUCAGUCUCUUGAAACAUGUAAUAGGGUGCUCGAUAAGCAUGAAGCAACCCUAUGAAACAGUUACUCAGAGCUGACUGAACUCUCAAGACCACAGUCAAAUACUCUGAGGUCAUUGUCUUGGUGUUGUAGAUUUGAUCAUUUAUAAGCAUCUUGCAAAAGCAAAAAUAUUUUGUAUUUUACAGCAAAAGAAUGAUAUCUCAAACACAACCCUCUGGGUGGUCUUGACAAUGACUAAUCCUCUCUCUGUAAGUCAUCAGCCUGGAAGUGCCACCCUGGGUUUUUCAGACAGUGGUGAAUUCAGUUAGGGGUCAAGGGUCAGUACUUUUCCCCCUGUUGCCCUUAUGUCUAAAAAAGGGGGCCUGUCUAAUGUAUUAAACAUAAAGGAAUACGGAACGCCUUCUGGAUACCCUUCCAGUGUAUACAACAUAAAAGUGCCCCUAAUGCCUAUCC